AGGGGAGUCACUCCUACCCGGACUGGAUGGCAACUGCUUGCGGUGAACGACUGAGUGUGAGCAGUGACCCCAGGGGUGGUGUGGGGCUCCGGGUGUGUAUGAGCAGUCUGGAUUAUUGUAGCUACUGAUACUUUAAAAAGGGCUGGUGGGCUUGUAAAACCGGGGAGACCCAUGCCUGUGGUUAUACAGGGUCAGUGGGCACACAGGGGAGCCGCCCUGCACCAGUUACCAGUAUAGAGCGCCUGGCAUGAUGCAGAGUUGGCACUGACCUCACCCUGUGAGACACAGCUGGCACUGACUGAACUGGGCACUGCAGAAGGAGAUCUGCAACUGCAUUAGAGGACCCAUCUUUCCAUACACUGUAAGUACCAGCUAAGAGCCGUGUGUAAUAAUCCACCCUGCCUGCUUGUCAUGUCAGUUUAACGCAGUAUUAUCCUAUCAACCAGGUUUGAUUCAUACUUAGCGGAGACCAUCAGCUUUCAUCAUGCCUGGCACAGAAGGGCUACAACUCCCAUCAACCCCCAGUCCGGGCACAGAAGGAACCGUGUCCCCAUCAUCCACUAGCUCGGGCACAGAGGAUGCACAAUCCCCAUCGACUUCGAACUCUAGUUCUGAACUGGUUGCCAGCUUAUUGACUCUGGGCAAGACAUUGCUGCUGCUGUUGCCAGUAUACCUUUGUGGCUACCUGGGUAUGAGCAUACUCUUCGUGGUCCUGGGACUGCUGUUUUACCUGGGCUGGAAGGGAUCUCGUCAAAGCAAACUGAGAAGACUUAAUACAGUUUUGGAAGCCUUGCAGAAUGAAGAAGUUAUCACUGCUAAAACCUUGUUCAUGACAAAGAAAGAGUUGCCAUCCUGGGUAAGCCAAGCACAUAACACAACAUUAUUGUACGGCUGUGGUUAUCAAAGCAGACCAUAGGCAUCACAAGUGACAGAAAGUGUUAACUCUCCCUAACUCUUGAGCUAUGGGAGUCAUUGUGUACUGAUUAACGCCUUAAGGAUAGAGGCAAUUGUACAAAUUCUGACCUAACCAAAACCAAAAGUUUUCUAAAAGUUCAGCUACAGGUUCAAGCACCCUUUACUCUUUCAUAUUAAGUGCACCCACACUUAUAUAGGGCUUUCAUUUCACAACAAAUAUUUAUAUAUGAAACAUAAUUUAAUAUGAAUAAAAUCUAAACUUAAUUUUUCUAAGUUCUGCAUGGCAUUUCGACCCCCCACCCCCUCCACCAUGCACAGGUUUUAUGGGAUUUUUGGAACGUAAAGGGUCAAAUAUAGGGUUUUCCUCAUUUCAUUUUUUACACAUUGGGGAAAUUUGUCACUUUGGUUUGCUGGGCCUAUGUUGCCUUUGAGAUCAUAAGGCAACAAGGCUCAUCUUCCUGUCUGCCCGCACCUCUCAUGCCUCACCCUUCUGUCAGUCCCUACAUUGGCUUCCUAUAAAAUAUAGAGCUCAAUUUAAAAUUCUGGUUCUUGCUUUCAAAUCGCUACAUAAUGCUGCUCCCACCCAUCUAUCCUCCCUUAUACACAAAUAUGUCCCGUCUAGGCCCUUACGAUCUGCUGAAGACUUACGUCUAUCUUCUGUCCGUACUCCCACAUCUGAUGCUCGCCUUCAAGAUUUCUUGAGGGCUGCACCGUUCCUGUGGAACUCGCUUCCCUCCUCCGUUAGAUGCUCACCCAGUCUCCACUCCUUCAAAAAAUCGUUAAAAACCCACUUCUUCAUAAAAGCGUAUCAAUUAAACUGUUAAUAGCUCCUGACUGAUUCCUCUUCUGCAACUGUCACUAGUCUAAUACUAUCCUUACCUUUUUGUGUCAUUUUACCCCACUCCCUCUAGCAUGUAAGCUCAUUGAGCAGGGCCCUCAACCCCUCUGUUCCUGUGUGUCCAACUUGCCUGGUUACAACUACAUGUCUGUUCGUCCACCCAUUGUAAAGCGCUGCGGAACUUGAUGGCGCUAUAUAAAUAUCAUAAUAAUAAUCAUAUGGCAUCCGAGGAAUAAGAAUUACCCCAUCAUCAUAUCAUUUCCAAAAGUUUAAAGCUUUAGGUAUUCAAAUGAGUUAUGUCCUGUAUUUGUUAGUAGCCACUUAGUCACAGACCCUGACGAAAGUUAGUGUUAAUAUUGGAUUUUUUUGCAUUUUUUACACACAAACUGCCAUUUCACUAAUCACAUUGUCAUUAUACAUUUUAUUUAUUUUAGAUAUUUCACUGCAAUAAAAUAUACAUGUUUUGUGUUUAGUGAUGCCUCACGAGUAUACCAGUGCCCUCAUGUACAGGUUUUAUGGUGUUUUGGAAAGUUACAUGGCCAAAUAUAGGGCUUGCAAAUUAAAUUAUCUGAACUUUCUGCCAAAUGUGCUUAAUUGUGCACCUACCACCUAUGUGCAAAUAUCUCUCACCUUUACACAAGCUUAUAAAAUUUGUAAAACCUAACUGUGUGUUAUAUAGACCCACCUUAGUCAAAAGUGGAGCGCUGUAGGCUAAAAAUGACUCACCUUAAAUUAUAUAUAAAGGGCUCUGUAGCCUAAAAAAGUAAACACACAUAUAGUGCAAUAUUGCCAAUAUUUUUGUCAAAAUGGUGCUUUUAUUGAACACUCACAUUUAACAGAGCCUAACAAGGACAGGCUCUGAUCUCAUAGACUGAUGUGUACUUCAGUCACACUGCCCAUCUUCAGCUGUAUCUUGCCAAACUUUCUAAAGCUAGAAAUGGAGACAAACUCCUAGUGCAAUAUGCUAGUUCAAUAUAGGGCAAAAAUAAAAAGUAUUGUAAACUGCUCACCUUUUAUAGAGCCUGUAGUACUUGGCUCUUAGUGUAUGGGCUCUUGUCUAUAAAAAGGACACAAACCCUUCUUAAGAGGCUGGACCAAUAUAGCAGAUGGAAUCCACAUUUUACUAUUAAUUAAGUCAUAUAAAAAAUAAAACACUUAACAUAAAUUAAAAUAAACCAAAAUGAAAAAUCUUCCAGCAGUCUUCUCAGAGAUGCGUUUUGCAGAAAAUCUGCUUUCUCAGUCGGUGUAAUAAUCCAUCUGUCCAGCUUCCUAUUUAAAACCCCAUGGGAGACCUCAUUGUUCUGUUAAUCUGCCAUUGGUGGACGCCAAUAUUACGUAAAUGUUUGUUAUUUUCCCAUAAUAAUGUUGCUUUGCUCAUUAUAUGUUGGGGGAUCUGUCUGACAGUCAAUGAUGUAAUCCUUCCUAUCCAGUUACGUGAUCACAGUGUCAUCACGAUCACAUGACGCAAAUGGGUAGGAUUUGCUACACGGGACUGCUUCGUUUGUCAGGCAGUCCUCCCAAUCAGAUCCAGCAUGUGAGUAAAUAGUAACGCCCUAACAGCGUUAGUUCUCCAUAUGAAGGAUGACAUUGCACACCCUAACGUUGUUAAAGAGUUAACCUUUCAUGGCAAAUCUUUGGAACACUAGCUAACAAGUUGUUUUUCAGUUUUUGAUUGUCAUAUGGUACUCCACAACAACUGGAGAUUUUAGCUGUCACUGCACUAGGGGCUGUAUACAUUCACUACUGUAUCUUAAAUAUGUUCAGGAGUUUCACUCUCUCAUUGUCUAUCACAAAGGUGAUCAGUCUUUCAUUAGAAACAUUUUAUCUUGUAAUGAAAACCAAAUUGCAAUAAUCUUUUUUUAAAAACCUCAUUUACGAUUAACAGAACAUUUCUGUAGUCCUGUGGCACACCCUUUAAAAUUUUCUUAAAGGAUUACUAUAGCAUUAAGAAUGCAAAUCUGUAUUCCUAAAACUAUAGUGUCCCUUUGCCCAGCUCUAAAUAGGGGUGUCUCCCCCCAAAUUAUUUUUUUACUUCCCUUAUACAAACACCAAGGCUCCCACAACACUGCUUACAUCUCCUCCGCCCCCGACGUCACGGACGAGGCCUGCCUCCUGCAUGAGUUUCCAAUCCAUUGCUCCAUGCGUGGUGAGUGCAUUCAAAAUUCCCCAUAAGAAUGCAUUGAGUCAAAUUGUACAGCGCUACGGAAUCUGAUGGCGCUAUAUAAAUAAUAAAAUAAUAAAAUGAAGUAAAACAACCAAAAAACAAUGUCCAAACUUGGCGAAGCUCUACGAUUGCCAUCUUAUCCUUUUCCUUAUUUUAGUCAUAGAUAUUCUUCUAUUUACAUAUUUGUUUUUGAUUAACCUCUUAAGAACGGCUGGCCAAAAUUAGCGUUAAAAUUAGUUUUUGUUUUUUUUUCAAUAUUCACACACAAACAAAUAUGAACACUAACAUUGGCCAGUGUUUGUGACUAAGUGGCUACUAAAAAAGACUGGACAUACCCCAUUUGUAAUCCCUUGGGUUGUCUACUUUUGCAAAUGGUAUGCCCUCGUGGGGGUAAUUCUCAUUCAUGCGCUACCAUUUGAUCUCAAAGGCAACAUCUUUGCAAAUUUCAAUGUGUUGUAAACUGAAAAAUGUAACGUGCUAUAUUUGACCCUGUAACUCUCCAAAACACCAAAAAACCUGAACAUUUGUGAGACAUUGCCGAAUACAAAUGUGUAUUUUAUUGCAGUAAUAGAUAACAGUAUUAUGCUAUUCACAGUUAUAAUGCCAUGCAGAACUAAAAAAAAAAAAAAAAAAUUUCUUAAUUUCUCACAUUUUUUAAAUUUUUUAUUAAUAUUAAGUUAUGUUUCAUAUAUAAAUAUUUAAUAUGAUAUGAAAGCCCUGUUUCUCCUGAACAAAAUGAUGUAUAAUAAGUGUGUGUGCAUUUAAUAUGAAAGAGGUGAAUUCUGGUUGAACAGACAUAUAGCACAAAUUCAAAGUUUUGUUUACAUUUUGUUUUGAUCACAACUUGUACAACUGCUUCAGUCCUUUUACUGUUGAAAAGUUUGACAAUAAUAUUAGAAUAUCACAUAGACAUUUUUAGUUUUGACAAAUUAUAUAAAAUACAAAAUUCUGAGCUAUGUUACAGAGUCAUUUUGGUAAUUUUAAAAUAUUCCAGUUCUUUUUAAACCCAACCUACAUUUAUAGUACAAAUCUUGUGGUUUGCUACACGUCAGAUCUCAUAUUUUCUAUAAUACAAUAUAAAGUUAUGUAACUGGUAAGGAUUAUCUUUUUAAUAAAUUGCAAAUGUGAACCAUAAUGGGAAUCAAACCUAUGAACCACAACAUCUCAAUUAUAUAAAACCAAGCACUGAGCUAUAUCACCAUCUUUGCUACUGUUUAGACAUCUGCACACAGACCAUUUUAUAGCCUUUUUCACAUCUUAUCUGACUGCAUUUUGUAAACAACCACUAUCACUAUAUUUAUAGAAAUAAAUUAUGUAAAUGAUACCCCCACUAAGGUGCUAAUCUCUGUGCAAAACACAGAAUUAGACCAAGCUUUCAUACUGCAUGAAAUUCUCCCAUAUUAUAGUGUUUAUUUAUGCAAUUAAUUAACUUUUCUUCUAUAUGAACAUGUUAAUGGUAACACACACUAAAAGGAACACUCCCGAGGACCAUCAACGCUAAACCCUUUGCAGUGGUUACGAUGCUAGCAAGCUCAUGGUGGCUGUGUCAUUUGGUAGCACCAAAAUGGCUUCCCCAAUUUGGUGCUGAAGGGGCCUGCUGUGAUUUGAUGUGGCCAAAUUGUCUUGAGCCAGCAUCAUGAAAUUUGAAUUCCUUCAUGUGAUGUUGCAAUUUAAAGGAGUGGAUGGCAUUAGAUGCUGUGAAGUACAAUGUAUUUCACUUAAUUAUUUCAAAAUAGCUUGACCCCAUAACUUAUUUACAUCAUAAGCUCUAACGGCACCCUGUGUUUGUUACUUUAUGCCUAUAUUUUUCUUUUCUUUCUUUCUUAUUUUUCUUUUUUGUUCUUUUUUCCGUGUUUUUUUUUUUUUUUUUUCAUGGGUAAUCAAUCCAGCCAUUAGUGCUUCCAUUUGCUUUCUCAGACUUACUGAAGGACAGGGUGACCAAUUUGAACCUGGAAUAGGUAUUAACUUAGUAAGGCAUUUAAAUAUUAAAGAGGUAUUUUGGGAUUUAGUGCAGCAAGUAUGCGUUUUAUAAAGCACCAUACAAAACUAUUCUUAUUUAUUCAUUCCUUCUUCUUUUUUUUUCUUGAUGAGAGAUGCGUGUCUGUUGCCAGGGUCCACAUUUAGUCUUUCAUUCAAAAGGAAGCACUGAUACCUGAUGUAAUCAAGUUAGCUCUAUUUUUCCUAUAACCCCCUGGGCAUAGUUUUCUCAUGGGAAAGAAUGUACCUACUUCCCACUCACAAUAUCAAUAGGAGAGGAAAAAAACCUUGCACAUUUAGUUUAUGAACAACUGGCCCCGUCAUUCAUUGCUCUAAAUAAUUAAUGUGCAUGCAUCAUCAAUUUGUACUUUCAUUUGAAUUUUGUAUCUAGAGUAAUAAAUGGUAAAUUUGCAUUAUAUAAAAUUGUCUAUUGCUUCUAAUUACCAAAUAUUUAAUUCACCAUAGAAGACCAUUGUAUAUAAUAACCAGAAGCUAUAUUUUCUUAUAGGUUACGUUUUAAAUAGAGAAGUGACGUGAGAUCUGAUUUUGUUAAAUACACCCUGUAAUCCUCUUUAUCUAAUGACUGCCUGAAAUGUAUCAUGCAGGCCUGAUUCUCCAGUAAUCUUUAAAGGGAAAACCAUUUUAUAUAGCGCAGGAGUGCCCAAAAGGUAGAUCCUUAGAUGUUUUCAAACUACAACUCCCAUGAUUCUUUGCAUGCGUUUAGAAUGACAAAUCAUCAUGGAAGCUGUAGUUUGAAAACAUCUCAGGAUCUAUUGUGGCAUAUAUAUAUAUAUAUAUAUAUAUAUAUAUAUAUAUAUAUUUUUUUUUUUUAUUUUUUUUUUAUUAAGUCUGCCUUUAUGAAUAGUGUAUUAUGUUAUAUGUGAUCAUUUAUACAUAUGGUACUUGUAAGAAAAAAAAAUUUCAGUGCUGAAGACACUCGUAUAUGAUAAACCAGAAUGCCAUGGACUUCAGUUUAGAGAUGUCUGUUUUAACCUUGACCCUUUUGCAGCGCUGGGGGAGCCCCAAAUGAAUGACACCACACACACACCUGAAAGGUUCAUAAAGUACUGCCCAAUGUUUUAAUGCGUAGCAACAUUAUAAAGUGUAUUCAUGUCUAGGGGCGCGAUGUAACUUUAUACCAAUUAAAAGUUAACACAAUUUCAAAGUACUACAUUUUGGGGGCCAUAUCAUAUAUCCAGCCUAUCAUUACCUAACUGGCAUUACUUUAUAUCUGUUAGAACCGCGUGAUUUCUUAGUUAUUUGCUACAUAGCCAAAAAUACAUUUGCUGGAAAAAAAACUAAUUAUGUCCUUGAAAUUUUACAGCCAGUUAGUGAAGCAUAAAACAUAGAAAGGGACUAUCGCCUAAACAUGGUUAUAUCAAUAGAUUUUAAAAAAAUCAAUUCCAUCAGUAUUCAUUCUGCUAUUACAGUAUAUAGAUUAAUUUAGUUUUUUUUUUUGGCAGGUUACAAUUGGAUUCCUAUAUAACCAUAUUGUUAAUUAUAUUUGGAGGGAUUAAGAAAUGUAUUAUUUGUAUCAUAAGCCUAAUACAUAAAACUUAUUAUUAUUUUUUUAUUAUUAGUAUUUUUACAAUUGGGUACAGUCCUUAUAGAUAGUGUUACAGAGGGGACAUUUUGUAUAUCUGUGUACAAUAAAAAUGUUGUUUUUUUUGUUUGUUUACCAUUUAUCACACUUCCCAUCCCCCUUUCACCAGUUUUAGUGAAGUGGUUUUAACACAGUGCCCAGAAACAACACUGUUAUCAGGUAAACAUUUCCACUGGUUGUCAAGCAUAUUCUAGAAGGGGGAAGGAAGAUCCAAACUAACACUAGAUAAAUAGCUACUAAAAACGGUAAACAUAGAAAACCCAGACUCUUCAUGCAAAGUUUUACAGAUUAUGCUUCAAAAAGUGUAUUAAAAAUAGAAGACAAUUGGAUGAUGUGGAUUUCAUGCAUUUAUAAAGAAGAACUUACAGGCAUAAAACGUUCUGGAAUAUAUAGAUAUAUAUUAAUAUCUGAUAACUGCUUAAGUACAAGUGUACAUUCAUAUAUGUGUCUAAUGUAAUAUAGCAUGUUUGAGAUGGCUGUUUUUUUACUGUUAAAGAACAGGGUUAAUGAUAAUUAUAGCUUAGGGUCAAAGUUAGACAAGAUGAGGAUAAAGUGGGUUCUUAUGAUUAGAGGGUUUAGAGUUAGAGAUGGGUCAAUGUUCGAAUUAACCCCUUAAGGACACGACAUGUGUGACAUGUCAUGAUUCCCUUUUAUUCCAGAAGUUUGGUCCCUAAGGGGUUAAAUUAGGCAGAAUGUCUAGUGCUAGAAUAUUUAGAAGAGUCCCACGGCCGCUGCUCCUGAAACUGAGCUAAGCCUAAUCAAGCAGGGCCAAGCUCAUUGGCUGUAAGUGCUUAUCUGACUCUUUCAGCCAGUGAAUUAAGCCCUGCUUGACAGAGUUUAGCUCAGUGGAGCUUACAGAAGCUCCUUGCAGGAGCUUCCAGUACAAGGGGAUGUGGCGACAUGGGCUAGCGGCACCAAGGUAAGUUGUCAGACUGUUGAGAUAUGAUAAGUGACAAACUGGGGCAUAGAUUGGAUGAGGAGUGAUCUUUAAUAAGUGAUAUGGCAAAGGUUUUCUGUGGCACAUCUUUUCACAUUACUUGCAUUCAGAAAACGAUCAAGUUAGUUGGCCUAAAAUCUACUGUUUUGAGCUAGAGUCUAGACUGACACAUAAGUAAAUCUCCUGGGAUAGUUGACGGAAUAAAUGGACAUUCUCAGAGCACUGCAUCAUAGGAAAUCAUGGCAAGAUGUAAUAUGAGUAAGAAGGGUUUCCAACUUGCAGCCUAUUUUGGGAUAAAAUUCACUCUCUUCCUUAUACGUUAUGCUCCCUCCUCUGCUGCAGUGAUGCAGUUCCAUCAGCAUUCAUUCAAUCCUACCAACUGGCAGAAUUAAAAAUAAAAAUAGUGUUUCCUGUCCUGUUCAUGUGUAAGAAACGCUAUCACUAAGCAGUGAGAUAUGACUGUGAAGCAGUUUUAUUAUCCAUUAUAUUAAUUCUGCAAAGGCCCUGCAUGUAACAGGAAAUUGUUACUCACAACCACAGAUUAAAAAAAAAAGAGAUCUACAUCAUUUCUUCUUUUUAUUUCUGCCUCUUUUUUUUUGGCACAGUGCCGUUCUAGAAAUGGCAUUCUUCUUCAUUACACAUUAGUUGUAAUGGUUUUUAAGAAAUAAUAAUUAUGCACAGAUACAUAAUUGUAGACAAAACAAAGUUGUUGUUUUUUGUUUUUAUUUAUAUAUAUAUAGGGCAUAUUGAUCCCUUGGGAUUUUAGAUCUGUGCUCUUGAGUGUAUAUCUAACAUUUGUUUACAGCACGUUUAUACAAAGUGUCUAGGACGAUUCCUUUAUUUGGAAAUAGAGAUUUACAUGUUAGGACCAUGCUUAGACCUACUAUAAGGCAUUCUGUAAAUAAGGAGAUAUAUAGUAAAUCUAGGCCUUUUUUGCUUUAUUUAAAAUUUUGAGCCAGCAACUUCAAAUCUCCACCCCCAUGCCUCUUUCACAGCUGUUCCAGCUCACAGGAUGACUGUGCAGAGAGAGAUGCAGACCAAACAAGGCUGCAGUAUGUUCUGAGUGGGUGUGAGGAAAAUGUUCGCAAACGUCCGCUAAAAACUUCUCAUAUUGCCAUUUUUUGUUUAUUAGAAAUUGUUAUACCACUGCAAUCUUUAAUAAGGCAUUUGGAAUAAAUAUAAACAAUGCUAGUCAAGUUUGUAUGGUUAGUUUGUAAUUGUGUGCCUUUCAUAGGUUGUAAUCAAUAAAGAUUUUAAGCCUGUAACACAGUAACAACAAAUACUUUUGAGUCAGAGACUGAGUGCCCAUUGUUGUAAAGCAUUUAAAUCAAGUAAGCAAUCUGAGUGUCCAGCUUCACCUUGUCUUAUGUUAUCCUAUUCUCUCCAUAUGAUUUUUCCUUCGUUAUAUCAAUAACCCUAAAUCUCUGUAUUAAACUCCUAAACUCUAUCUCGGUUAACAAUCCAUGCUUUCUCUGUUUCUACUCUUCCUUCUCAGUGUUCUCUUUACCUUUAACUUCCAUUCCCCUCUCAUUAUCUGGGAUUCUGAUCAGCAAUUAGUGAAGAACAGUUCAAAAUAGUUUAAAUAAAAACAUGGCUGUGACACUGACAAUUUUUCGAUUGCUAGUUUAACAUUUUACAUUUAUUUAUUUAUAAAAUAUUAUACCAGGAAGGAUAUAUUGAGAUUUCAAGCAUGUCCUGGGUUCACAAAACAUUUCAUUGAUACAUCAGGGUACAAUAAAAUACAAAAACAAUAUUCACUUUUAAUAACACAAACUCACACCUUAGAGAAUAACCUUGUAUUUGUCUUCACAGCUUUUGUGUUAUCAGACACUAACUCAUGUCUCUUCUUAUUUUACCAGUCUUUUUUACAGUCCCUGCUGUCAUUUUUUUUUUUGCUGCUUUGUAGUUUGUAGAGUUCCAAGCUCUGGUGCAGUGUAUCCCUGUACACACACGUUCACCAACAACAUCCUCGUCUAACUGAGCUCACUCCUUCUCCAUCUCAGUUCUAUUCUGCAUCCUCUAUUCCAGCCAACCUCUAUCAACCUACUCAUUGGCAAUAUAAUUUUGGUUCAGUUAAAGGAACACUCCAGGCACCAAAAUAACUUAAUCUAAAUUAAGUUGUUAUAGUGCCAUUCUAACCUCAAAGGGUUAAACAGUUUGCCUAAACUGUCCCUUUAAUGCUGACCAUCUGUCCCAUCCCAUCCAACAAAAUUAGGAUUAGUAGGAGGAAGCAGACAAAUGGUGUAGAUUUAGCAAAUAACAUCAGCUGUUUUAUUUCAUUUUAAUAUUGUAAGGGCUUAUUCUAUGCACAGUAAACACUUCAGCAAGUUGUAAUGUUUAUGCUGCCUGGAGUCCCAUGGCAUCAUUCUACAGCAUAUAGUCAAAAUGUUUUCAAGCAGUUUGCGACUUACCUAGUUUCCUUGGGCAUGCUGUGGUGGUUAUGGUGCCUUUAGUGUCUGCUAAACACUGACACACUAGAAAUAAAAUUAUUUCUUAGUUCCUUAAUGCAACUGCCAAUAUUGGAUUGAAUGUGAAUAUCCAAGGACAGUAAGACAUGGAAAAUGUCAUGCAGAAAAAUUAUCAGUCUCAUUUAUAUAGUGACCAACGUAUGUAAUGUUUAAACCUUCAUUAUAACAUAACGUAUUCAGUUAUUGGUCACCAACACCACCUGUGUGAAAACGCAUUGACCCACUUAUUUAAAGCUUUAAUUGUAUACAGCUGUUGAAAUGUAUGUGCAUGGGAAAAAAAUUGGUUUGGCAUCAGUUUGAAAUUUUUCGAAUUUCAUUAAUUUUCAAAAUUUGGAUGCCCAUUUAAUACUUUUAGGGAAUGAAUGAAUGAAGGCAGUCACAAAAUUACAAAGUACCAAUUUAGAGAGUUAUCUGCUAAAUUGCUGGAAGAUCAGAAUUAAGAAAAGCCCUUUUCUUAACUCCUUAAGGACACAUGACGGAAAUAUUCUGUCAUGAUUCCCUUUUAUUUCAGAAGUUGUAUCCUUAAGGGGUUAAAGAAUUAUUCCAACCACCAUGACCACUUCAGUGAUUUGAAGCUUGAAACAUUGCACACACCCAUUGUACAGCACUACAGAAUUUGCUGGCGCUAUAUAAAUAAUAUAAUAAUAAUAAUAAUAAUAAUAAUAUAGAGAAAAACACUUCUGUGCUGGGGCUAGAUGCACCCCUAGUACAAAAUUAAAAUUCUGUGCAGAAAUGACAUCUGGUGUGAUUCAUCUUAUCCUUUGAAGUCAAUGCCUGCAAGGGGAAGCAUUUGUCUACCCUCCAUACCUCCUAUACUCCUUCAUUGAAUCCCUCCCACUUCCAUGUAUACCCCUUUUUUUUUUUUUGCUCUUUCAGUUAUUUAGUAGAUAUCUCCCUAAAUUGCUAUUCUUCUCAAAAAGAAUGGCUUAGAAGAUCUGUAGUUUUUUGGUUUUGUUUUCCAUCAAUUUGGAAAUUCAAGUGCUUUAGAGUUUGGAUGAAAUUCGAUUCGGGGUGAAACAAAUUGCACAUGUCUAGCUGCUAAUGCUUUGUAAGCAAGACAUUCUAUACCAGCAUAAGGUUUUCGGGAAUCACAGUGAUGGUAGUGCUAAAUAUCUUUGUACCUUAAGGACUUGAAAACCACACAUAAAUGUCAUGCUCUGUCUAUUAAACACUGGUUAUAUGUAUGUAUGCUUUACUUAAAAGUAAAAAGCUGUGUGGUGUCAGGUGCUGCGGACCCGGACACUGUUCUUGUUACUACAUUAUGUCACAUCUCAAUGCAUACAGAAGACAAUGCCUCUAGGGCAAGUUGACCUGGCAGCAAACAGAUGGUAUAUUAACCCUUCUUGAGCUUGCAAAUCAGCUACCUUACACAUUUCUAACUGUAGUCAUACACAGGUCAAACGUGAGUUUGCAUCAUAUUUUUAGGUAAAUGCUUUGUAUUUUUUUUUUUUUUUGUAUGAUACUAAAAUACCAACUUGAUCAGAGGCACUGAAUGUCAGUACUGCACAGUGUGCAGCACUGCCCCAGGAAGCACCUCUUGUAGCCAUCUGAAGAGUAGCCAGUUCAGUUAUCACUAGGCUAUAAUGUAAACACUGCAUUUUCUGUGAAAAGACAGUGUUUUCUGCAAAAAGCGUGAAGGAAAUUAUUAUAGUCACCAGAACAAAUGCAAUUAGCUGAAGUUGUUUUGGUGACUAUAGUGUCCCUUUAAAUCCACCUUUAGUCACUGUCCGGCACUUCCGCUGCACUAACUGAGGAAAAACUGGUUUUAAACCUAAUGCUUUAGUGUUUUUUUACUAUUACACUUUGCAGUUUCAACACUUAUGUGCAUUUUCCUAAAUACCACCCAUUCCAUGAUUGUGCAAAUCAUAGUAUUUUUUCACGCUCAUCUUCCUUUGUGUUUUUAUAAUAUACACUCUAUACACAAUAUACACUCCAGCAUAUAUAACAAAACUCCAAAAUGGAAAAAAAGAAAUGGUGCAGCAUCCUCUGGUAUUCUAAAGAUUUCACAAAAAAUAUCACUUUGUUUCUAUGGACCUUCAAGAGAGCCGUAACCAUCCUGUUUCUUCACACCUCACUACUCGUAUACAUACCAGGAGUCAGGAUAGGUAUAGUUCCCUGAAAGGAACUGUGCUGUUUGGGGAGAAAAUACGGGUUUGCCAAGCAUCACAAGCUCUACCCAUCAUCCACCGAUGUGAUAAUGCAGUUCUGCGUUGUCAGUCAGUUAGCCCAGUGCUUUCAGCCUAUUACUGCCAUCCAAGCUUUGUUGGAUUUUGAUGCUUAAUGCAUAAAUGAAAUAUCUGCAAUAUCUGACUGGAAGCAGAGGGGCUGGGCUUUGGAGUUCUAAAGAGCUGAGAUUUUUGCUAAACCUGCUCGAAAAAUACUUGACUUAAAAGGGACAGCACCCAAAGACUUCUUGGAUCAUAGCCACCAUAAUAAGCUGUAGAGAUUCUGGUGCAUUGCUGUUAUAAACUAUUUGCAAUGAUUACAUUGAUUUAUUAAUCAACGGAACACUCCAAAUACGAUUACCACUGCACUACAGUGGUUAUGGGGCAAGGAGUGCCUGCCCAUCCUCCUUCUCUUCCUUAUUGUAUUCUGUGUUAGAAUGGGAUGACCUUGCACCUUGGGUACUUUGGCAUCACUCCCUGCCUCAUUUCGGCCCUUAGGAGUAGGCUUAGUUUAGGCAGGCUCUUUCCAGCAGGCCUCUAGGCUUCAGUGAAGGCAGGGAUAAUGUGAUAAUAUGUGAACUGAAAGUGAAAACUGAAUUGCAAAAUUCAGGCAAAUCUAGUCAAGCUGAUAAGAUAGAUGUGUUUAACAAUAAUUUGCCCCAAAAUACGCAGUUUGUUUUUCAAAUUAUUAAGAUUCUGUGUCUAGGGAAUAAGCCUCAUUUUCUGUUCUGAGGUUUGUAUUGCAAAGUUUAAAGUAUCGAGUAUCCUAUUCACAUACAACCAUUGCACUGCCUCCGGCCUUGCUAAAACAGAAGAAUGACAUCAUCUCUGCAUGCAUUGCUGUAUUUGUUACUGAUUGCAUUUGAACAGAGACACUGCAAUGCAGAAUAACAGCAUUGAUCUAGCAAUAUUACAUAUACAAACAUGUAAUUGCCCCAGGGAAGUUUAUAAUCAUCCUAAGUUGGUAAUCAUACUACGUUAGUGUGGAUUUGUGCAAAUGCCUGCCUUAUUGCUGCACUGAAUACCGAGAACAUAUAUAUCUCCUGAUGUUGUAGAACAGGUUUAAAGUGGUUAUUCCUGCUGUUUAGCCUAAAGAGAAAUAUUUUUAUUUUACUGCCCUUUUAUAUUUAGACUUAGCGUUUUGGGAUUGCUAAAAGCUACAAAUAGAAAGUCUUUUUAUUUUUUCAUGAGAAAAAAAACCCCUAUCUGUGUUUUUACUCAUGACAAUUUGUGUGCGCAUAUAUAGGAAAUAGCAGCCUGUACUUUGUUAUUUUGUAUUUAAUUUACCUACAGAGGAAUUAAGCAGACCUUUGGCAUGUUUAAAAUCCUAGUGGUCACUGAACCCAGCUGUAACGAAACCGGUGCUUUAGAUCUCUUUAUUCUUUUCUCACUCAUGGAAGUCUUUUGUUUUAUGUUAACCACAUCAGCUUGCUAAUGCCAUUAAAUUAUAAUAUGUGUUGAAAGAGUAAGUAGUGUUAAUUGAAAAAUUAGCAUUCAAAAGUAAAAAAAUAAAUAAAAAAAAUAAUAAAAUAAAUAUAUAUAUAUAUAUAUAUAUAUAUAUAUAUAUAUAUAUAUAUAUAUAUAUAUAUGUAUGUAUGUAUGUGUGCGUAGUGCACUAUUAGUGUAAUCUUUUGUUUCAUAUGUAAACUGUACUACAGAAAAGUGACUAAAUAACUUGUGAUUGGGGUGUUCCUUUUUUUCACUUCCUGACUUUGCACAGAUCUAUUUCAAUGCCUUUUUGAUAUAGUGCCAGAAGUAAUAUUAUAAGCAUUUAUAUAAAGUAAAUAUAUUCUACAGCCUUAACAAUUUUUUUUUUUAUUUUUUUUUAAGAAAUAAAAAUUCUUUAUUUUUGUCACACUGCAUGUGUGAUAUUCAGUAUAUAGUGAACAGUAAGACAAAGUACAUGCAGUAUGAAUUUUGUGGUGUAAUUACAUUAAGUGAGCGAGAAGUGUAUAACAACCAGUGCGCCCUGUGUGGAUGUCAUACGGGUGACAAUUGUCAGGGGGAGUUAUAACCCCAGAGAACUAAGUGUGUUAGUUAGUGCCUCCAACCAUUGACCAGCCUGCGGGGGGGGGGGAGGAGAAAGGUAAGUAAAGAUCAGUCAAGAGUAGCUGAUCGGCAUAUAGAUGCGUUGGGUGUGUGUCGCAUAGUGUUAAGGCUGUCUGCGUAUAGUGUGUCUCUGUGCUCAUUUUGGUUGCAUAUUAGUGUGAAAAACGAGAUGUCAUACUAAUAAACAUUAAAGGGAAAGUAAGAAAAAAAGAGAGGAAACAUAAAACUGCAAAACAAGGCAAUUGUGAUGGUAUUGUGAGCAAUAACCGUGGAUAUAAGAGUCCCCUUUAGAAGACCAGCCUCCAGUUCCUCAGGUAGGUGGUCUGGCAGUCGAGGCUCACUGAGGUGCUCUUGGAGUGAAUUCCGGAAUGGUGGCCGGGUUAGCUGGGACAGGCCUGUUCCAGAUGACGGGUAGGGUUGCAGUAUGCCCGCAGUCUUGAGGUGCGACUCCAGCUCUUGAGAGCCCUGUGAUCUGUAUAAUGUCCUGUUAUGCCUAAACAAUAUGGCUUGCGAUGUCCCCCAUCUCUAGGGAAUCGCUCUUGUGCGGAGAUGUUGCAGGAGAGGCUACAUUGACUUUUGCCAGGUUAAGGUGCACUUGGUGAGGUCUGGGAAUAUUGUUAGCGAGGAAGAGCAGGGAAGUUUUCCCUUGCUGGGCAGCCAGAAGCGAGGCUUUAUCUGAUAGGGCUUGGAAUCUAAUGAUGAGAUCUGCAAUUGCCGACUCCGGUGCCCUAGCUGGCUUUGGCAGUCGCAUGGAUUUCACCUGUUUAGGCAGUAGCAAGACUCCGAGGAGGCGCCUGAUGUAGUGGGGUAGGUCAGCAAGUGCCCCGGACCUUCAGAUUAUAGCAUCGGAUUUGAUCCUCCACUGCGUCCUGUUUAGCUGAAGUGGUGAUCUGCAGUUGUGCCAGGUCUGCCACCUGUUGUUCCACUUUGGUAAGUCUGGAAUCAUGGGAGCUUGUACAUGCUUCCAGCUGAGUGAGCUUUGAAGUGGCCCAUUCAAUAACGCUUUUGUAGUAGGCCAUAUCUGCCGCCAAGUCUUUACGGAGAUCCACCAGCAUCUUUUUAAGUUGAUCCGCAGUGACCGGGUCCACUGUUUUCUGUGGUACUUUUCUGCGGUCUGAAAUGGGCCCGAAGAAUGCUCCUUCCGUGAGGUCAGUGUCAAACUCCUCCGAGGAAUAUGAAGAGAGGUUGUUAUCCAACGCCAUUUUGGACCAUGCGGCCUGCUGCAUGUUCCGCAGCAUUUCUCUGAUAUCCCUGCCGCUGGAGCCCUUGUCGGCUUUCACUUUUUUUGUUUUGUGGCCCAUGGUCUUUCCGCCGAUGGUAGGAAGGGUUGUGGGGUCGUUUAGGCUCAAAUUCCAUCAUAUAUUGUCGCGUUUGGGUAAGUAAGAGCCGGUGCUCAGAAAAAUGUGUCUGCUCCAGUGCUGUGCUAGCUCCGCCCCCCAGCCCUUAACAAUUUUAAUGUGCGUUUAAGAUGGCUAAAUAAGAAACAAGAGGGGCUGGAGGAGAGAAACAGAAGAGACUCAAAGAGAUGACAAUGGAUAUGUUCAUAAAAAUAGUUGCCGAGGUGGCGUGGCUGACCGAGUAACUGGAAAGACGUAUGCUGCUGGAGCUCCGGCUGGAAGAAGACUAAAACUCGACAACUCACGGCGAAUAACUGGCCGUCGACCUCCAGCAGAGCUGCCCCAACCAGAAGACAUAGUGGGCAAGAAAAAUAAAAGGUUCCGGAUGCCCAAGGGUCCUAGACUGCCUGACAUACGCCUCUCAUUUGAGAGGCCUACUAUACGUGAGCCACCUAAAAUGGUGCCGGCAGUGCAACCAGAGGCGGAGGACACGGAGGAAUCACAAGAGGAGGCAGAAUCCCGCACCUCACACCCCAGCGAAGCCGACCGCUAUUCAGAGUCUGAAGAUGAUUUGACACCCUCCACAAGAGGGGUUAUCAAAAGGUUGCUCCAAGACCUCCGCAAAGUGUGGAAGAAGGAUCUCCAUGAGGCACAACAGGAGAUAAGUGUUGUGACUCAGAGGGUAACAAGGGUGGAGGAGACAAAAGGUUACAGAAACUAAAUGAACAGAGCUUACUCUAAAAGUCAAACAAAUGCAUAGAACCAUGGCAUCCAUGGAAUCAAGGCACAGACGGGUGGGCAGAGCUCCUACCAUGUGCCCAGAGACUCUUCAUAUUCAUGGUCCUUAAAAACGGAAAUGACCCAUCCAUGCUCAGGGCGGCUUUCCGCAUCCGAAAGACCGCUACGGCACUGACUGACGUACUGAGAGAUGCCAUAAUUAUGACAAAGGACAUAGCGGUUCACAUCGCAAUCAUGGCACGCUCACUGGAGAUGGGCAUAGUCAAGUUUGAGACCAGUGUGGUAACAAUAUAUGGUGACAUAUCAUUUGCAGUGCUGGUGGAGAAACGUAAACUGGCACCAGUCGCCAAACAGCUCAGGGACCGAGAGGUGCGCUAUAGAUGGAGUACAAAUGGAGCCUUAUUAGUCCCAAGUAGAGACCAACUAUACACACUCACGUCAGAACAAGACCCGCGCACACUCUCUAGGACAAACUGAGGGUCAAUCCCAAAACCCCAAGCAUAACAGCUGACACUACCCUGAAUGACAAGCUGAUAAAAAUGGGGAACCUGGGAGGAAGCGCCCCACAGAAGCUACCUAAGCUAAGCUUGAGACCCUGACUGGGAGGAGGUAGACAUUACCCGCCCGAGCCCAACCUCAAAGCAGAGGUCGAUAUUGUGUUUAGCCAUGGACUUUACGACCUGACUCUUGCCACAAAAGCCCCUAGCUGAUUGUGUCUGCUCCUAAUCACUAUAGCCCACUGCACCACUUCAGUUAAAGUUGCCACCCCAGGACACAACUAGCAACCCCACACCAUAAUGUAUUGUUUGUCACAAUGCUAUGCCCACAAUGUUGUUGUUAUUAUUUAUGUUCUGCUGACAUACAUGUUUCAUGUCUGCCGGACGGUGAAUCGCACGGCUUGACUAAUUUCUUAACCAGUUACUGACCUGCAAUAUACGUGUGUGUGUGUAUAAAGCUAAUACAAUCCAAAAAUAAAUAAGAAACAAAUCCUAACAAAUGUUAACAUGAGAUUCUCGAAGACCCUGCUGAAAAUAGCUUACAGUCUUGUUUCCUUACUUUAAGUGUGUGUUUUGGGGUGAAGGUUGAUUUAUUUACAAAGAGCUUGUGUGGUUUCCCAGAAGUGGCUCAUUCCAUUGGUUUCCAUGGUUACUGCUCCAUUAUUUAAUUGUGCACCAGAAUAGUUUUAUACCCAUAGCGUGACUGACCCAUACCAGCUGGAAAAGACCCCCCAGGAGUGGUAGCAAAAGUACACAAUACAACAAACUGCUCAUGCACAUUAUAACACAGCCCACAUACCCACAAAUACAACCCUACAAACACCCAUCCAUAACACAAGCAGCAUAUGGAAAAAUACACAUGCUAAGAGGUUACUUACCCCUGUUUUAUUAUUUAAAGCAAUGUAACAAAUGCUAGUACACUGCUAUUUCAUUCUUCCGGUUAAAACAAAUGCUUUACUAAAUUAUAAGUAAGCCUCUGUGUGGUAUCACUGGUACUGUCCAAAUGGAGGCUGGACAUGAGACUGAGAGUUUCUUGUGACUAUCUUUCCACCUAUCAUAGCAAAAGGUUCUUUAGAGUAUUACAAUAAUUAGUGUCACUUCUCUGCAUCAAAACUACACCCUGUUCCAAAUUAUUAUGCACAUUAUAUUUUUCUCAUUUACCUAAAUAAUUUAUGUAAAUAACAGUCAGCAUAAUUCUCAUGUUAUAAACUAUUAAGAGUACAAUUCAAAUUUUAUUGAACAAACCUCCUAAUGAUAACAGUAUUUUUUUUUUUAAACAUAAACAACUUACAAUGCACUGUUCCAAAUUAUUACGCACAGUAAGUUUCAAAACACUUUAUAGGUUAUAAAGAACUGAAAAUUGUCAUUUGUUGUGUUUGCAGCAUAUUUACUGAAAUCAAAAGCUAUUUCAAUCAAACUUAUAACAACAUUUUAACAGGUCACGUUACAUUUUAACAUAGGACCCCUUAUUUGAUAACAGCUUCACAAGUCUUGCAUCCAUUGAACUUGUGAGUUUUUGGACAGUUUCUGCUUGAAUGUUUGCAAGAUGUCAGAAUAGCCUCCCAGAGCUGCUGUUUGGAUGUAAACUGCCUCCCACCCUCAUAGAUCUUUUGCUUGAGGAUGCUCCAAAGGUUCUCAAUAGGAUUGAGGUCAGGGGAGGAUGGAGGCCACACCAUGACUUUUUCUCCUUUUAUCCCCAUAGCAGCCAUUGAUGCAGAGGUAUUCUUUGCGGCAUGAGAUGGUGCAUUGUCAUGCAUGAAGAUGAUUUUAUUACGGAAAGCAUAGUUCUUCCUUCUGUACCAGGGAAGAAAGUGGUCAGUCAGAAACUCCACAUACUUUGCAGAAGUAAUCUUUACACCUUCAGGGAGCCUAAAGGGGCCGACCAGUUCUCUUCCCAUGAUUCCCGCCCAAAACAUGACUCCACCACCGCCUUGCUGACGUUGCAGCCUUGUUGGAACAGGGUGGCCGUCUACCAACCAUCCACUACUCCAUCCAUCUGGACCAUCCAGGGUUGCACGGCACUCAUAAGUGAACAGGACUGUUUGAAAAUUAGUCUUCAUGUAUUUUUCUGCCCAAUGCAGCCGUUUCUGCUUGCGAGCAUUGGUUAGUGGUGGCCAAAUAGAAGGUUUAUGCACAGUUGCAAGACUCUGGAGGACUCUACAUCUUGAUGUCCGUGGGACUCUAGAGGUACCAGCAGCUUCAAAUAUCUGUUUGCUGCUAUGUAAUGGUAUUUUAGCAGUUGCUCUUUUGAUCCGAUGCAUGGAUCUGGCAGAAAUCUUCCUCAUUGUGCCUUUAUCUGCACGAACCAGUCUGUGCUCUGAAUCAGCCGAAAAUCGUGAACUAUCUAAUGUUUUCACACCUCGUCCAAGGCAUUGAACUAUUUCACUCUUUUCGGCAGCAGAGAGAUCCUUUUUCUUCCUCAUAUUGCAUGAAAAUGGUGCUCUGCUUAAUAAUGUGGAACACCCUCCUUUAGUAGUUUUUCCUUAAAUUGGGCUCACCUGGCAAUCUAAUUAUCACUGGUGUCCGAGAUUGUUUUCAGUGAUUAAAAGAGCCCUGAGACACAAUGCCAUCCAUGAGUUAAACUGAAAAACAAAAUAUUUAAUCUUUGUGACAAUUAAAUAGAAUUUGCAUAAUAAUUUGGAACGGUGUAUGCUUCUCAAUGGUAAAUCGCACUUCCCAUUAACAUUAUAUAAAAAAAAUAUUUUAUGUGGAUUAUUUUUGUAUAUUUCAUACUGUUAUCCAUUUAAAAAAAAAUAAUAAUCUAAUUUGGCUGUUGACUGAAGCAAAACCAGCUGUUUUUAUGUUAAACAUAUUUUCGAGAAUAGAGCACUUGAUGCACACAGUACAUUAAUGUUCUUAUUAAUAGACAUUGUUUGUAAAGUUUACAUCAGUCAAAGCAUAAGGAAGGCUGACCGAUUUUUAUGUAGCUAGCUAUUCUAAUUUUCUAUGAGAAUGACGACCACUAUAGUCACCCAGACCACUUCAGCUCAAUGAAGUGGUCUGGGUGCCAGGUCCACCAGGUUUUAACCCUUCAGCUGUAAACAUAGCAGUUUCAGAGAAACUGCUAUGUUUACAUUGCAGGGUUAAUCCAGCCUCUAGUGACUGUCUUCCUGACAGCCACUAGAGGCACUUCCGCUCAAAUCGCAUUGAGCACGCGGAACGUCCAUAGGAAAGCGUUGAGUAAUGCUUUCCUAUGGGCGGUUUAUUCGGCUCCACUCGGGAGCUGACGUCGAAGGGGGAAGAGAGGUCACCAGCACCGAGGGAGCCCGGCGCUGGAUUAAGGUAAGUGGCUGAAAGGGGUUUUAACCCCUUCAGCCCAGUGGGAUGGGGGACCUAAGGACUAUAUAGUGCCAGAAAAACAAGUGUUUUCCUGGCACUAUAUAGUGGUCCUUUAAACCCUAUGUGGGAUAAUUAGUGUUGAAAAUAGUGCUUCCCUAGAUUUCCUAGCAGCUCAGCAGCAGGGGAUGGCAGACAACAAAAGGAAGCUAUCUGAACUAUAUACAACUAAAACACAAGAAAACAGAGUAAACCUUAAACGCAGAUAAAAUGUAUCUGUUUUUUAUGACAAAUUUGUGACCGCAAUUACAGUGCAUUUCUGUUCUGCUAUGAAAUAAUCUGAUUUUCACUGCAAAGUUUAGGAAUUCACAUAUUCAUCAACACAUAAAUUGAUGCUCAUUUAACACCAGUGCAACAAUGAUACUUUUGAAGUAGCAAAUUUAACCUGGUGUAAAUAAUGAAAUACUAAAUCCAUAAACAUUGAAUAAAAGGGAACUCAAAAUUUAAUGUUUGCCCUCGUACCCUCCCCCGCCACCCCCAAUUUUUUUUUUUUUGAAGUGAGACAGAGAUGAAGUAGGGUCUACUUUGUCACUGUGUUUCUCCCCUGCCUGACAUUCUUAGACUCAGGGCGGAGUCUGUGUGUCAAUCUUAACAGCCGUAACCUGUGACGGUUGCUGGGAAUUGGCUAUGUCAAAGGAGGAUCUCGUGGUCUUGCGGGAUCCUCCAUAGUUCUUAAUGCUGUACUCUUGUGUGUUCGGUGACGUCACCUCUGGGGAGGAACUGCGCCCACAAUUGACAAGUUCAGGUGAGUAAAUCCUUCCUUUACCCCAGCCACCAGGCCCCCUGCAGCGAUGUCAUUGCCGGGUGUUUGCAAAUUCGUCAUAGUACCCAAACGGUGACAUGUCACUUUAACAUUCUAAGGUUGUUUACAGGGAGAGCAGGAGAGACUUCCUACAGGCAAGUAAACCUCCAGCCAACACAUCUUGAUUUGGCUAGGUGGUAAAGCAACUCUGCAAGGUGCAUCACUCUGCUAAGAUUGCAAUAUAGUCAGCAUGUCAUUAUCAUGACUUGUAACACCCACUAAUCUGAAGACAUGGUGCUUAACCGAAGAUAAGUUAAUAUGGAAACAUUUGCAAGUAAAUAUCUAAUUUUUAAUUUUGUUUGCAGUGUGGGCAGUUACAAGCAACUUUGUGGUGUCACAACAGCAUCAACAGACAGAGAUAAGCUUACAUAGUGGUACAUACCGUGUUUCUCCGAAAAUAAGACCGGGUCUUAUAUUAAUUUUAGUCACAAAAAACACACUAGGGCUUAUUUUCAGGGUAGGGCUUAGAGCCAGUCUGUCAGCCGGUGUCCGCGCUGUGUAACCCCCCCAGAGACCCUCACCUCCCUGUAAUACUAUCUAUCCCUCCCUGUAAUUUUAUCCCCCCCCUCCCUCCCUGUAAUACUCUCCCCCUCCCUCCCUGUAAUACUCUCCCCCUCACUCCCUGUAUCCCCCCUCCCCUCCUGUAUACUCUCCCCCCUCCUCCCAGUAAUAUUAUCCCUCUCCCUCCUGUAAUAUUAUCCCCCUCCUGCCCUGGCCCCUCCCCCUGCUCUCCCCCUCCCUCCUGUAAUGCUCUCCCCUCCCUCCCUGUAAUGCUCCCCCCCCUCCCUCCCUGUAAUAUUAUCCCCCUCCCCCCCUCCCCCUCUCCCUGUAAUACCUGUCCCCUCCCUCCCUCCUGUAAUAUUAUCCCCCCCUCCCUCCCCCUCCCUCCCCCCCUCCCUCCCUGUAAUAUUAUCCCCCCUCCCUCCCUCCAAUCUUCUCCUCACCUCCCCUGUAGCGUGGCUGAGCUCCUAUCCGGUUCGCGACCCAGCCAGACUGACAGGAAGUGCACACCCAGUGUGCACUUCCUGUCAGUCCGGGCGGGUCGCGGACCGGAGAGGAGCUCGGCCACGCUACAGGGAAGGGGAGGUGAGGCACUGCGGCAGCCGUCUGAGCGCUCUCUAUAGAGCGCUCAGGCGGCUGAGGCAUUUAAAGGGCCGGCAGCCGCCGGCCCUGCCUAGGUCUUAUUUUCGGGGUAGGGCUUAUAUUGCAGCCCACCCCGAUAAUCCAGCUAGGGCUUAUUUUCGGGGUAGGUCUUAUUUUCGGGGAAACAUGGUAGGUAGGGCAUGUGGAGACUUUGCACAAUUUAAAAAAAUAAUAAUUUUUUAGGAUAAGGUAAGACAAGAUGGAGUAACUUUAGUUAAUCUUAAUCGCAUACUCAUGAGGAUAGAAACUCUUAGGUAUAGGGUAGGUAUAGCGUAGAUCUGUAGGUAAAUGCAAAUUCUGUAAACCCGUACACAAGAAUUGGUAUACAGAGGUUUUAGCAAGAUAUAACUGGUGUAGCUUAAAAACCGCUGGGGCUGAGCAGACCUCUGUGAUAUUACAUGUCUGUGUGAGAUCAGGCGGAGCGAUAUGGUUAAGGAGAACAUAAUGGCUGCGGUACAUGUUGGAGAACAUCAGGUCUCAGGCGGUGGAUGUUAAACGUGCAGCUGCUGUCCCUUGUGAGAUUCUUGUCAGGUUGGGCUGUUGGGCGAUUGACGCUUUGCUUGCAUAAAAUGGACAAUCCACAUUUUCAGGGAGCAGGUACCACGGCAGUUCGGCACAACAAGCUUAAUGGGGACUAUCUGGUGCUUUCAAGGGUCACAGGUACUCAUCUGUGUGUAGUUGACAGUCCCUCAUCAGGCUUGAUAUUCAUCACUUGACAGUCUUGUGGGUAGUAUAAGUCCGCUUGGCAUAUCUGUAUUGCGGCACGGGUUCAUUGCUCCCAUCCAGCACCCAACCCCACCAAGGGGCGUCUGUUAUGGGCAGAUGGUCCGGUGACUCUCACGGUCCCUCUCUCUCCUUGGGUUGUCCGUUGAUUUGUCGUUGGAUUACACUGUGAGGUUCUCCACCGGCGUCGGUGGCAGGAUUGCAGCUCAUAGGGGCUCUGUGGUGCAGAAGCAGUUGGUGAAGUGCCCUGAGACACCGCCAUUUUGCAAGGUAGGCCUUGGGUGUUCCGGGCGCCCUAAGCUCCUCAUACCUCAAGCUCUCCCCAGUGGGGACCGUGAUGAUCCCCCAGGCCCACAGGUGGGGUGGAAACUGGACCAACAAGUGACUCAAGAAGUCAGCGUGUGGUAGCUGGGAAGGGAGGCGUGGCGGUGGCACAGCCUCCAAAGCUUCAUAUGUCCCCCAGGGGAUCCAAAACUCCCGAUCUCAGGGUCUGCUACCUCUCCCGCAGAUUUGUGGGUAUCUCGUGGGUUUGUUAUGGGUCAAAAGCUUCUAAGUAUAGCUUAAGAGGCCAGAUUCCUCAGGAGCCCCUUCUGCACGCGACCGGUCAGCAUGGCGGUCCAGCCCCGCUCCCGUUAAUAUAUAAAAAAAAAUUCUCUGCUAAACUAUACAUUUGUAGUUAUUGUGGAGAAUUUCUGUUAGAGUGAAUGUCAUGAUGGCUUUACUUCACUUAUAUGUUUUUUCAGGGCAGAAUGAUUCACUGGCUGUUUGUUCCAAGUCUGCUAGUUUCUAUAUGGCCUAAUAUGAAUAAGAUUCCACUGAUAGUGAAUGCAAUCUGAGUUUAGUAUGCUGAAAAAUCCUAAACUGUGCAUUGUAGUAUUGGCCAAACUUUCAUGCACAAUUUCGUAUUUAUUGAAUAGACCCGUUACUGUAGAGAUAAUGCAGAAAUCUUUUAAUUCCUCUGUGUAUCCUGCCUGUGGAUGUGUUAUUGAGGCAGUGGUUUAGUAACAGUGUUCAUUUGAUGUAAUGAGUAAGGAACUUGCGUGAAGAUGACUGCCGAGCAGCUGACCUUCACCAUCUGCUGGGUAUUUUCCUGUCCUUGACUCACCCCACCUAGUCAUGUGGGAUGCAGUGUACUGAUUUUACAUUAUUAUUAUUGCAUUAUACAAACACUGAUUUGGGGGCUGAAUCACAGUGUCACUGUUUACACGAUCUGCUAAAACUGUACUUUUGGAUAAUUAAUAUAUUUUUAGAUUUCUAAUGCAUUCAUAUGAAUUAAGUUAUGGACUUUGAUAAGAUGCAAGCAAAAUACGAAAAUGACAGUGACAAUAGUUUUAUUAUUAUUAUAGUAUCAUCCACCAAGUGUAAAUUUUUAUGAUAAAAUCAGAAAGAAAAUGUUUUUGUUUUAAAUCACCAUAGAAAUUAAAACAGAUGUAUUUACUAGUCAGUCACCAUUAUAUUCUGGCAGAAUUGUAGCGAGUCUAAAGUGCGGUUAGAGACAAGAAAAAUCUUCUUCCACCAUUUGUUAUUUAUGCCUCCCAACUGUCUCACUUCUGGCAGAACAUUCCUGAUUUUUGGCUGUCCCAGCUUUCAUAGUGUUCCAUGGUGUCCUGCUUUUGAGGACAUCCGGGAACUGUCCCCAACAAACACAGCGCAAGCGUAUUAUAAGGUAUUGCUUUUAGUUUGGAAUAAAUAACCAAUUUAUCAUAUAAACCUACUAUUAAGUGGAGGCCUAGAAACUGUGCCCAGAGGUUUAUUAAAAAAAGAUAGGCCAUAGCCAGGUGCUUUAGGAAAUGGGCUGGGUUUUAAGAGCACAGGUUGAGACUGACACUUUUGCAGUGUUUUAACCCCUGUCCUUUAUCUGCAGUUUAUGACAGUAAAGCCGUGUGGCUGGUGAUAGGCGAAGAGCCUACUACUGACUACCCAUUCAGAGAAAGAGCAUGUUUUUGUGUUUUUUUUUUUUUUUUUUAAAUCUUUAUUUUUCGUCCGUGAAAAUGGCAAACAUAUGUGUAAGGCCACAAUAGUCUUUACACAUCAAAACAGUGAAUAUCAUGUAAAUAAAUGUCUAGGAUCGUUUCACAAACAUUUUAUAGAUACAAUUGGUCUCAAUGUUAUAACGAGUGAUAUAAGUCGGGUAAUCGUGAUGAUAGAGGGUACCUAUCUGUCAAUAUCGCCCCUUGUAUUGUAGGGUCGUGAGGUGCGGGAACAGAGUGGGAAUGACUAAAUCUGGGUAUUGUGUCUAACGUCUCGCCCUUUGUCCCGAGGAUGUGGGUUUAUGAGUCGUAGGGUGUCCCUUCAGUCUAGUGGUGGCUGCGUGUAGUCGCUAAAACAGUUCUUAGCUAUGGCUAGUGUGUCCAGACGAUUAUAGGUCGCUGUAAUAUGGCAGGAUCAGGUCGGACCCGUGUGGUUCCAGGCUAUGGUUAUCAACCUAGUGGAUGUGCCUGAUGCCAGUCCGGUUUAUUAUAUCGCCCUCGAUAUCGGUUCCCUAUAACCCCAGGGAGAGGGGGGGGGGGGAGGUGUCGUCGGAGCAUAAAUGGUUGGAUCUAGUGAGCCUCGGUCGUGCUGCAAUAAUUGUCAGAACGAGAAAAAACAGAGAACUAUAUAUAGUUUAAGAGUCAGGGUUAGCUACACAGAACAUUUGAACUGAAUGUGCGAACUGAAGCCUAGUCGGCUGUCGGCUUAAGUAUGUCCCUCAGGUCUUGGGUUUGGCAUCUCUGCCUCUUCCAGGAGUCACGGCUGUUUCAGCUUCGGAAGUUCCAGGCUGAGGGUCUAGUGGUGUCCCCAAGUUUUCUGUGGGGUUCGGUAGUCCCAGGGCAGUCAUCAGUGCUGGGCCUUCUGUGGGUUCGGUGGCCUUGAAGUGCUUGUCGCCUUUAGUGAUCCAGAGAGUUCCUGGGGUCGCCCACCUAUAGGUUAUCCCAGCCGUUUGGAGUUGCUUGGUGAUUGGGUGCAUGCUCUUGCGCCAUUGUAGUGUGGCUCUGCUCAGGUCCUGAAAGAAGGAGAUUUUGCAUGUUUCGAAGUCGAGUGGGGUCAGCCCUUGUAUUGCUGCCAUUAGCCCCAAUUUGUCCGCCAUUGAGCGGCAUCUUAAGAUUACAUCUCGUGGAGCUGAGGUGGGUGCUUGUGGGGAUUUAGCUAUACGAUAGAUCCCGUCGAAUUGGAAUGCUUUUGCCUGUUUGGCUGGUAAAAGUGUGGCCACAAGGCGUCUAGCGAAAUGCGGUAAUUCGUCCAGUGGCAUUGAUUCCGACACCCCUCGAAUUUUAAUAUUUUUGCGGCGCCCUCUGUCAUCCAAGAGAUUAACUUGCCUAGCCAUUGUCAGUUGUGAGGCGUGCAAGUUGCGCACUUUCUCCCCUAGAGCUAGGUAAUUCUCCCUCAGUCCCUUGACCUCUUCUUCGAUUGCUUGCGUGCGCGUUGACACCGUGUGUACGUCUAGCUUGAGUAUGGCUAGAUCUGCUUCCCACAUUUGUCUGAGAUUCUGCUGUAGGCCUGUUAGCAUUGCCUGUAUGUCAUUUUUGGAGGCCGGUGCGCUAGUGUCCGAUGUCCCUGUGGGUGUCGGGUGUUGGGGACUGGGGUAUGGAUUGUCCUGUGUGUCUCCUUCCUCUGAAGGUUGUGGGGAUGUGUCUCGAGGAGUUUGGGCCUUCAUGGCGUUUGAGGCCUGUAGCAUUUGGCCUAUAUCGCGCUGGGGCUUUGCGGUAUUUUGGGGCGUUUUUUGCGUCUUGCGGCCCAUCUCACCUGCGCUCACUGUGUCGGGGUACCAGUCCUCAAAGUCUGGGACGUUCCAGGGCCAGUGCGUUCCCGAAAGGGCCUGAGGUUGCCCUCCCGAUCUGUAGGCCUUGCUGCCGCGGCGUUUAUUUUUGGAGCCGGGUGUCAGGAGGAACGGCAUCAGCGUGUCUGUGUGUCUCCGAGGUCAGUACUCGGUUGGGAGUCUGUAUGUGAUGCGGGUUUUCCCCGAUUUCUGCAGAUUUCAGUGGAUUGUACCGGAGCUCCGGCAAUGUGCGACCGCUCCGGUCUGUGUCAGGCUCCGCCCCCCCAUGUUUUUGUGUUUUAUGUAUAUUAAUGCAUGUGUGCUAUAGAAAUAAUAAGAUGAUAAAAUAUAUCAUCUGAUCUGUACUGAAAGGGAAAAAUGAAUAAAAUAAAGAUUAAACUACAUUAUGCAUAAGACCCCAUUAACCCUGAUCUGAUAAUUGACUCUACCAGGAGGGUAUUUCACAGAGAACAGGAUGCAAUACUACGCUAAACAGACCAAGGGAAAAUUAAAGCUAAUCUGAUCAAGCCGCAUUUUGAGCAUUGGCAGUUGGUGGUCUGCAACCACAUUCUCAAGAUUAAGCAUCAGGUUUCAAAGGAGCAAAUGUUAAAAUUAAAUUGAAAUUAUUUAUGUUAAAUGUAUUUAAUGUACUUAUUUUUAUUGAACACUUGAACCUAUAUCCAUUAUUAAAAGGAAAAUUACUGUGUUAAAGGGACAUUCCCGGCACCAUAACUUAACUGCAUUUGAUAGGUUUUAGCUUUAUUGUUUAUUGUAAUGCUGUAUUUUUCUCCACAUUCAAAUCAUUUUACUUUUGCUAAAACAACAAAAAAUACAUUUAAUUAUUUUGGAGCUUUCUGGAUCAUCCUCCCCUUUUCACCCAGUUGAUCUCAGGAAUAAAAAGAGUUUAAUGUGGCUUUUAUGGUAUAAAACUGUUAAACGGAAACUCCUCGCACCAUAACAACUUUUAUUGGCACCAGCUUCAGUGGUUAAACGGUUAACAAAUGAUUUAACCCCAAAGUCUUCACUCUAGCUCCAAUCAGAUCUGCCCCUGGACUUCAGUUGGUCUACCAAUUCACAGAACAAUGUGAUUUCAAGCUUUGGAAAUUCUGGGUCAGAGCUGACCCAAUGAUCUCAAAGAAUCAGUUUUAAAUGCAUUUAUUAGGGCCACCACACAUGUGACCGGGAAGUGUUUUGAUCCUCUGUGUGGCUCUUCUACUACUUCCAUGGCUAUUAAACCUUCUUGGUUAAAUAUGGCUUUCCUUCUUGGGCAUUCCACACAUUCAGCAAAACAGACAUUGAAAUGCAAUUUUUCUCCCAGUUUUAUUUUAUUUAUUUAUUUUGCUCAUAUUUUCAUUAUUUACAUUUUAAAAAAUCCAGUCUCAGUUUGCAUUUUUUUUUUCCACACAAACUGUUCUCAGUCUUUUGCAACAGCAACUCCAUGUAGAGAUAAUAUAGAUCUCAUUAGCAUUGUACAUUCUGCCUGUGUCAAUACAGCCUAGGAUACACAGUGAAGAAAAAAAUAAAAUGCUUAUAGAAUAAGAAUUUUGAGGUUUGGCUGUUCUGUGGUCUGUUCAUAUGUUAAUCACACGUUACCAUGGAAGUUCCUCUUCCUCUUUACAUCUUCAUAAACACGACUGUUUUUUUUUUUUCAUCUUCAUAAGCUGCUUUAUCCUGUAUCAGUUUUCUGCCACCACUUUGCCCUACUUUCAGAAAAGGUUCUCAGAAAAUAAAGCCACCAUAGGCACAAGAUCAUCAUGCUUCAGAUAAAGCAACAGCCAUCCGUAAACCCGCUUUAAGAGCAGCAGCUUUGCCCUUGAUAUAACCAGCUUUUGUGUUGUUUUUUUAUUUUAUUUUGAUUAUGAGGGCAGUGCCAGUUAACUUGAGUGGCUUUACAGCUCCAUAUAUGUAAUGAAUGCUUCUUAGAAUAUGGUGUUUAAUUGUGGUGGAGCCUUUAUGGGAGUUUAUUCGCAACCAUGAAUUGGGACAAAGAAAAGUAAAGCUAGAGGUCAAAAAACAAUAUUGGUAAUAAACUUAACUCUGCUCUUUUGGCCUAACCUUUGCAUAAAAUAAGUCUAUAGAAAAAGUCCAAUAUUGUCCAUUGGUACAUUAAGAAGCUGGAAUUCCAAAUACAUUCUACCUCCUAAACAUUUUUCCUCCAAAUAAAGUGAUGCCCACGUAUAGUUUGCACUUAAAACACCAUUAUUUUCAAUCAUGUUCACUGAUUUGUUAUAUUUAUAGAUUCAUACUUCUCAAGUGGCUCUUCUUAGUAGGGAAAGUCUUUAUUUUGAUUUCACAUCCUCUAUCCUAAUCCUCAAGCAAGAUAAAAGUCCAUGGGGACUGAAACGUUAACUUGAAUAUGUGCUAAAUAAAAGCAUCAGUAAUAUAUUUCACUAGACCUCUGAGUGCACUCUUCUUGAUUUAUUUUAUAUAUAUAUAUAUAUAUAUAUUUUUUUUUUAUUUUUUUUUUUUAUUAUACAUGAUAUCCACAAAAGUGUUAGAACACACCUCUUAAUUAUUGAUUUUAGGUGUUUUAAUCAGACCAUUUGGCACAGGUCACAGGUGUAUAAAAUCCAGUGGUGUAAAGCACACUGCCAUCGGACUCUAGAGCAGUAGAACCGUGUUCUGUGUAGUGACAAAUCACACUCUCUGUUUGGUAGUCUGAUGGGUGAGUCUGGGUUUGUCGAAUGCCAGGAAAAGGUUACCUGCCUGACUGCAUUGUGCCGAGUGUAUUGUUUGGUGGAGGAGGGAAAUCUUAAUUUUUCAGCAUACCAAUACAUUUAGGACAAUGAUAUGCUCACAACUUUGUGUGCACAGUUUCGGGAAGGCCCUUUUCUAGUCCAGCAUGAAUGCUCUACUGGAUGAAUGGGCAAACAUUCCUGCAGAAAGAACCUAAAAAAAGAGUGGAAUCUGUUAUAGUUGCAAAUGGAGGAUCAACUACAUAUUAAAGGACCACUAUAGGCACCCAGACCACUUCAGCUCAAUGGGUGUAGGAUUAACCCUGCCUGCUGUAAACAUAGCAGUUUCACAGAAACUGCUAUGUUUACAUAUGGGUUAAUCCAGCCUCUAGUGACUGUCUCAUUGACAGCCGCUAGAGGCACUUCCUCGCUUCUCACUGUGAUUUUCACAGUGAGAAGACGCCAGCGUCCAUAGGAAAGCAUUGAGAAUGCUUUGCUAUGGACUGGCUGAAUGCCCGUGCCGCGCAUGCGCAUUCAGCCAAUGACGACCAAAGGAAGAGGAGAGUCCCCAGCAGCGAGGGAUCCCGGCACCUCAGAAAGGUAAGUGUUUAACCCCCUUCCUCCCCCUUCAGUCCGGCGGGAGUGGGACCCUGAGGGUGGGGGCACCCUCAGGGCACUAUAGUGUCAAGAAAAAGAGUUUGUUUUCCUGGCACUAUAGUGGUCCUUUAAUGCAAUUAAUGUCUGUAUAUUUAGAAUGCGAUGUUAUAAAUGUCUCUGUUAGGGUAAUGGUCUGGUGUCCCCAUACUGUUUUCCAUAUAGUAUCCAGUGCUCCUCAUUGAUGAGCAUUGGGGACCAUAGGUGCAUGCACGACACUAUCUGCGAUCCGCCAUUGAUUCAGUCAUAAGAAAUUAUUGAAUGUAAUGAUUCUCCAUGACAAGUCGUGAUGGCACUGCGCAUGAAGCUUAUUAUUCUGUAAUACCAUGUGACAUAGCUUCUUUGUCAGGAAGGAUGUUAUCUAUUUUAUUUUGGAAUCAUAUCCUCUGUGUGAUGCAUAACCAAAGAAAUUCAUUUAUUUAGUAUAUGCUGUAAUUUAAAGUUGCAUUUUAGCUCUCCUUACGUGUUAGGUGUUAAUGGAUUGUUAUCUCUUAUUCUCCAGGUCACGUUCCCUGAUGUGGAGAAAGCUGAAUGGCUUAACAAGGUAACAGAUGUGUAUUUUGCAUAUUUGUGGAAGAGUUGUGACCAUGUAUUGUGCACGUAAUCUAAGUUGGUAAAACAUACAUUAUCUUUUCCUUUGACAAAAAAAAUUAUCCAAGGCACAGGCGGGCAAACUAUUACUAUUAAUAUUAUAUAUCGUUUAUAUCAAAUGGAAAUUAUUUCAUUAUUAGACUAUCAAUUAAUUCCAAUUGGACUGCCACCAAAUAAGUAUGAGGGUGUCCCUUUGGGUAAGGCACUAGCUUUGGGCACUAUGUUUACUAGGCCCCUGAUGUAUGAGAGUGUGAUGAGAGGCUUUCACUGUGAAAUCUCUGAGACAGCAGUGUGGGCUGAGCAGCAGAUGAAUUUACUGUUAGAAACUCUUUCACCUGCAUGGUAACACUGAGUCAGGUAGCAUGGUGCUGUGGGACAUACCUCGGCAUCUGCUGCCUGUCUAAUGUUUAGCAAACCGCUUGGAAGCUGGAGGGAAGGAUGUGCCAUUCAGUACACAGAUCUCCUGCUUCCACAACACUAGACACCAGAGAUAGACUUAAAGGCCUCUCUCCCUUCCCUGCUGUGCAAGAUACAGGAGGAGAAUAAAAUCAUUACUUAGUUAGUAUGUAUCAGUUAUCUGCUGUUGAUGUAUGUACUAUACAAACAGUAUUGUUUUUCUUUUUAAUAAUAAUUUCACUUUAGAAACCAGUAAUCCAGUUAAUUACAUUAAAUCUUUUUUUUUUAAAUAUAUAUUCUGUUCCUUUCUUUCCCAGUUUCUGGCACAGAUGUGGCCAUUCAUCAGUCAGUACUUGGAAAAGCUCUUCUCAGAUACGAUUGCACCAGCAGUCCGGUCAUCCAACGCUCACUUGUCAACUUUCUACUUCACAAAAAUUAACAUGGGUCAGAAGGUAAGUAACAUAUUCCUUUCACCAAAUGUCUACCUGCAUCAGAACAAACAUUAUUUAGGACUCUGCACUGCUUUGAACCCCUUCACAGCAGACAUUUUUUCAGAAUCGCCAUAAUACACUUAUAACGCCUUAUCACGUAGGGUUUAAGUUGUUUUAUGCUAUUUUUGGAAGUUUUUUUUUAUUUUUCUUCCUCAAAAAAAAAGAAUUAAAACAAAACAAAACAAAAAAAAAAACUAGGAGAAAUAGAGGAUCAAAAAGGGAAUCCUACCUACUUAUUAAGCAAUAUUAAAGACACUUUAGUUCAGAGAUCGGUAGAAUCUGCCUCUCUACCUGUCAUGUACCUCAGCACCAAUGCCUGAAUUUGCACGUUGACUAUACAUUCUAACAUAGAAUGUUCCUUUUUACAGACUUGCCAAUAAACUGUUCAGUAACUAAUUAAUGCAGGCGCUAAUUUCUAUUAACAUAGCCUGGACAGCAUACUAAACUGCAUGUUAUACACCCUGUGUAAUCUAGGCCCCGAAAGUGAUUGGAGUGAAGGCACACACUGAACUCAACAAGAAUCAGAUCAUUCUGGACCUGCACCUCAGGUAAUUGCUUUUCAUGACCAUGCUGUCUUGCACUUGUUCCAAUAAUCAAAAUUCCUAUAAAACUGAUUAGUUUGGUAUUCAUGUCUACUUUAAGGCUUGCAUUUGGCCGUUGAAAUUUCUCCAACUAAUAAUACUCAUACUAUACUUAUGUGUGUGCUUUGCAGUAUUUCAGGGGUUGUAUUGUCUGUAGAGAAUACUAGUAUAGGCCCCUGUGCUUGAUGCUGUUCACCUGUCCCACGUAACCCACAUUCUCACUGUUUCACGAUCCUCACCCUAAUACAGCCUUUCUUUCCAUAAUAGAGCCUUUCAUUCCAGUGAAUGACAUUCUGCUAUAUUGCGCUGACACAUUAUUUUGUUUUCUUUUCCACAGUUAUGUUGGAGACAUGGAAAUUGAUGUAGAAAUAAAGAAAUAUUUUUGUAAAGCUGGGGUAAAGGGAGUACAGGUGAGGAACAUUUUUGUCCCUAUCUAGUUUUUUGGACUCUUCCUUCUUUAAAUUAUUGUUUUUACUUUUUGAAAGUAAAAUAGUCCAUGGCGCAAUAUAUGAUAAUCAGAUAUGUUUUCCUUGACAGUUACAUGGUGUGCUACGCGUUAUCUUGGAACCCCUUAUUGGAGACGUUCCUAUUAUUGGUGCAAUAACAUUGUUCUUCAUCCGCCGACCGGUAUGUCAAUAUAGACUUUAAACAUUUUUAUUUUAUAUCACAAAGAAUCCUUGUUUUCAACUACAAUAUGCGGACCAUAGGUAAUCCCUGAAUUAUGCACUAAUUGGCAGGGCUGGACUGGAGAUACAAAGCAGCCCUGGAAAAAAAAAAUCUAUGCCAGCACUAUAAGUCAUUGUGCCAUGUAUUGUCACAUGUAAUAUGUAAGGCUUUGUCUUGCCACCCAGAGGAUUGAGUAAUAUUUACUAUUAAUAUAUAAUAUUAAAUAAUAAACACAUAAUAUAUAUAUUUGUGUUUAUAUAUUACUUAAUUAUCUAGGGUGGCAAGACAUAGCCUUACAUACUAUUGGUUAAUGUAUAGGAUCUUGAAAAAGACCCGUUAGGGUCGAAAUGUCGAUUUUAUUUAUUUCUGUAUUUUUUUUUUAUUUAAAACAAAAAAAAAAAUUAGCUGGAUGUAAUUUCAUUACAUUAAAUCACAUUUUUUUUCACUUGAAGACCUGAGAGUGCAUCCUUGAAAAAAAAAUUUGGUUUAUUUUUAUAUAUAUAUAUAUAUAUAUAUAUAUAUAUAUAUAUAUAUAUAUAUAUAUAUAUAUAUAUAUAUAUAUAUAUAUAUAUAAUUUAUUUUUUCCUAAUAUAAAAUAUUGGUCCUUUCAAAGUAAAACACUUAAUUAUACAGUAAGCAUACCCACAUGCUGACACAGACAACCUCACUGACACACACAAGCUCAUUGAUACACAACCUCAUAGACAAUUUUACUGAUAUGCAUAAGCUCAUUGACAUAAAAACACAAGCUCAUGGAUGCACACAAAUAGGCUCACUGACAGAUAAUCUCACUGACGCACACAGACAAGCUUAUUGGUAUAUGCACACAAAUGUAGUACGGACCAUCUCUGACGCAGAAGUUUACUACAGGCAAGCUUACUGACACACACAUGCACACUAUACACACGCUCACUACACACAAACACUGACACACACAUGUUAACUACAGACAAUCUCACAAAAACACACAUGCUCCCUGCAGACAAGCUCACUGACACACACAUGCUAACCACAGACAAGCUCACUGAUACACACAUGCUCCAUAUAGAAAAGCUCACUGACACACACAUGCUCACUACAGACAAGCUCACUCACUAGCAGCCACACACACACACACACACACACACACACAAGCUCACUUACUAGCAGGCACACACACACAAGCUCACUUACUAGCAGGCACACACACACACACACACACACACAAGCUCACUUACUAGCAGACACACACGCACACACACACUCACUAGCAGGCAGGCACACAUACACAAGCUCACUCACUAGCAGGCAGGCACACACACACACAAGCUCACUCACUAGCAGGCCAGGGCGCGCAAACACACACACACACAAGCUCACUCACUAGCAGGCGCACACACUGAAGCUCACUCACUAGCAGACACACACACACACACUAGCAGACAUGGGGGGGAGGCUUUUUUGUGUGCAAAUUUUAUAUUGCUCACUUAUAUUCAUGCUUAGAUAGCUCAUGUUGCAGUCUAUUUCCAGGCAUCUAAAUCAUCUCAUUGGUCAGUCUGGGGCCACUAAAAAUGAUACUUGGAUUUGAUGGUGUGAGCAGAGAUUUAACCACGCACACCUUGCAAUCUAUUUCUAAUCAUUGAAAUGCUUACAAAUGACUAUGACCUUCAACGCUGCAUGCAACUUAUCAAAAAGUCUGGGGCCACUAAAAAAUGACCCCAGCUGACAGAGGUCAGCCCUAGGUAUUGGAACUCAAUGGUGUGAGCAGAGAUUUAGCCCUGAUCAAACCAAAUCUUCAGGACAUGGCAGUACAUAGCUGCAUCGAAGUCCACUAGUUAGCACAUACUGACACAUCCUAGCAUCUUCAAAGUGCUGAAGAUAUUUUUUUAUCUAUGUAGCAUGAGGUUGUACAAUACAAUGUUUUUAAAUUUUUGAGAAAUUAAUUCCAUUAAUCAAUUCACAAUGUCACACUCUACUAGUGGUUACUGUAAGAUUACUUUGGACAGUUUUUCUAUCUAGAAGAUAUCCCAGAUGCUUGGAUUUGAAGUUUGGAAAACUGUUAAUUUAAUCUGAAUACUGAAUGUUUCUCUAUGAAAGAUCCUGCUAUAGAAAGGAGCAGCCAUAAACUGUACUCCUAAUGGGGAGCCAAGUUAUCAGAGGAGGAUGGCAUAGCAAACAUACACUGUUUACACAAGGAUUAUAAAGAAUUGGUUGUAUAUAGGAGAGAAGAUAAAAAAAGAUUAAAUGGUUAACCAUUUUGAUAAUAAAUUGUCUUUUAUAAUCUCAGUUGUUUUAGCCAUAUUUUUAUAUUGCUUUAUAGCAACCAGUUCCAAGUACUGGUUUUUGCUUGAUAUUAGUGUACAUUUUUAUGAACUUUUUCUGUAUUUUACUUAUGUCUUUUAUCUUUUUAAAAGUAGAAAAUCUGGUAAUGGUAACAUUUACCCUGGGUUACUUUCUGUGCCACACAUAUUUUCUCAAGGUAUUUGAGUAUUUUGGAGUCAGACACCAAAGAAUAUACUGUUUCCAUUUAAUACUUUAUCCAAACACUUUAGAGUCUAACACUUAAGACAAGAUUCUACAUUAAUCUAUUGUAUUAAGAAAGCUCCUGGAUACUUGUCACUAUUUUUAUAUAGCACUACUCCCCUUUUUUACACUAUCUUUAUGGAUUUUUGGUGAAUCCCUAUAUCCUUCCAGAUUUUUAGAGCUUUCUUCUGAUAGUCUUAUUCCCUCUCUUUUUCUGUAUAUUCUGUUCUUAGAUAUCAGAAUUUUUGCACACUUUUUUUGUUUGUUUGCUGUAGUAUGUGUCAGUCAGUUAACCAUCAAUGUGUCUUUAACUUCUGUUUUCUGGUAGUUGUUGGAAAUAAACUGGACAGGCCUCACAAACCUCUUAGACAUCCCUGGACUCAAGUAAGUAGGCCUCAUCAAUGACAAAAAAAUACAAAAUGCUUUUUUUGUUUUUUGUUUAUAAUACUCUUUAAUAGCUUUCUUUUCAGAUUGUUUUCCCCCAAUUUUUUAUAAAAUUCUUUACAACCAUAAAAACAUGCAACAAUAAUUACAAGAGCAUGCAUGUUAAUUCAACAGCGGCACUAAAGAGAAAACAAGUCACAUCUCUUGCAUUUACAACAUAUAACAUUAAUCUAACUGACUGCCAUCCGGGUACGUGGAUUAUCGCAGCUUCAUUAAGACUUUUGUUUUUAACACAGUAACUCUUCCUCUCCCAAAUUUAUAAACUUUAUAAACUUCCUGUACUUUUCACUCUCCUAAUUCAGGGUUGUCUUAUGUAUGAAUCAAUGCUUGGCUAUAAUUUGUCUACACAUAAUAUUUUCACCUUGCAUUUCUUUGUCUUCCUUCCUACACGUUCAUAUUUUAUACCUACAGCGUCAUGUCGGAUACCAUGAUCAUGGACAUAAUUUCUGCUUACCUGGUGCUGCCAAAUCGGCUGACUAUCCCAUUAGCACCUGACCUUCAUUUGGCUGAACUGCGCUCCCCCUUGCCUAGGGUAUGAAUUUUUUUAUUUUUUUUAAAGGGUUUAUUAAUCUUUUAGGUUUUGAUAAAGCUGAUUUUUUUGUUGUCACUUUUUUUUUUUCUUGUCCACAGUCCUUGUCUUUCUCUUCGCUUUCUUGUGCAUUCUAAUAUAUUCUGUGUGUGUGCAUCUAUAUAUAUGUGUGUGUGUGUAUAAGUAUAUAUGUGUGUGUGUGUGUGUGUGUGUGUGUGUAUAUAUAUAUAUAUAUAUAUAUAUAUAUAUAUAUAUAUAUAUAUAUAUCUUCCUUGUGUUUUUGAUACAACUUUUAUUCACACUUUUUUAGGGCAUUGUACGCAUACAUCUCAUGGGAGCUCGUAACCUUAGUGCAAAAGAUCUGAAGGUAAAAGGAUUGAUAGCGGGGAAGUCAGAUCCUUAUGCCAUUGUCCGUGUGGGGACUCAGGUCUACAACAGUCGCAUCAUUAAUGAGGAUCUCAAUCCUGUCUGGAAUGAGAUGUAUGAGGUAUGAUUGUAUGCAGAGCACUUUUUAUUUGGAGUAGGUACUUGGUCAUUAUAUUAAACCUCACAGAGGAGUUUCUUUUUUUUGUUUGUUUUUUUUUUUUACUAGGAUUUGAGUUUCAUAAUAAAGAAGUUUAUGGAUAUAUUUAAACCAGAAAUUUCCAUUUAGAAUAUUUUUUUUUAAAUUACAUCUGGAUAUGAGAACAUUUUUAAAUUAAAUUCAGAUAUGAGGCUAAAUUAAUAUUUAGUAGACAUUGUUUAUUUAAUGUCUAAUAAAUAUUAAAUAAAAAAUUAUGCAAUUAAUAGCACUUCAGACAUUUAUCUAGCACUAGAUUUUCUCAUUCAUCAAAUUCUUGUUCAUUUUGAGAUUUGCAUUUCCUAUAAAAGGAAAGAAUUAUAUAGUUCAGUGUGCAAUCAUUUACUGUACUACAGAGUGGAGUAAUAUAUAAUUAAAUAUACUUGUUUUAUAUCACACUUGCUUUAUCUACUGCCUUUGUGUUCACAUUUGUGUGUUUUUAUAAAAUGUUUGUAUGUCAUCUGCUGCUCUCAAGUUAUGCUGUACAAUUGUGGCCAUUGUUAAGCAUUUUUCAUAAACCUUGACUAAUUAGAUGGCCUUCUGUGGGAUUAAAAAUAGCAUGCAUUCUAUUGUUCACUACUUCAAAGCAACAAGAUAAAGAUUUAAAUGUCUGAAGCUGACAGAGAUAAAAUUAGAACUUUACCCUCACAUAAAGCAUAUAUUUCAGCAAUAAACACUAUUUCAUGAAAUUUACCAGUUUGUGUAUGUUUUUGCUACUGAGACCAGUUAAUAUAACUUGCAGAAUCUAGCACACUCAACUUUAAAUCGGCGUCAAAGCUCAGACAGUUCUUUAACCCCUUAAGGACACAUGACGGAAAUAUUCCAUCAUGAUUCCCUUUUAUUUCUGAAGUUGUGUCCUUAAGGGGUUAAAGAGGCAUUCUAAGCACUGAAACUACUACUCAUUAAUGUAGUGCUUUUAAUGCAUAAAUGCUGUCUCUUUUCUCUGCCAAAGUAAAACAUUGCCUUUUCUUAGAAAAGGCAGUGUUUACUUUUGUCAGAGAUCAACUCUAGCAGCUGUCAAACUGCCAGCCAGUAGAGACACUUCCUCCUUAACACUUUUGAAAACCAAAGACCUUCGCAUUCAGCAUCAUCACCCACACACGUCCAAAGUUUGUUAGAGAAGCAUCGGAUUUAGUACUUCUCUACUAAAAGCAAGAUUUAAAGAGCAGGAGAUUACUGCUCAUGCACUGUAGGACCUCCAGGAUUUUUGGCAAAUCUCACUGUAACAACCUAAGGUGCACUGUUAUGACAUUAAACCUCUUACAUGCGACAUCUAUUCUCUUGGGACUCUCUGCAGUGCAUGGUUUACAAAGGGCUCUGUAAAUAUGACAUUGUGCAAAGCCUGAGGGUGUGUGGUCAACACUGCUAAAAAAAUUAUGUAUAUAAAGAGCAGGAAUACUGCACUCACCUGAAUAAACAUACAUUAUUGGUUCUGCUGGGAGCAAUUAAUACAUCAUACAGAAUCCAGCAUGCUCCAUUUCUAAUGCUCUUCCAUGCCCACAUGUCAAUCAUUCAAUUUCCCAAUUUUUGUAAAAUCCUUUGUCAAUUUAGAGAUUUCUGUUUGCCUGCUCUUUAUCUGCAAAUUAAAAAAAUGAAAUGGUUCACUAUGCAAACUGUCUAACGAAAAUAAUAAUUACAAGGUAAAUUCAAACAUGCUUGGUUUCUCAUAAUACCCUUGUAUCAUCUUGGAUUUUCUAUACUUCAGAGUUGAGCGGUGUAUCAUCUCGGUGAAAUAAGAUACUUGUUUUAUGUUACAUUUGCUUUAUCUGCUGAGUUCAGCUUUGAGUGUUUUAGAAGAUGUCUGUGUCUCUCUUUGCUCUUAGAGUAUGCUGUAAAAUGGUUUUGUGGCUGGAAGCCAUCAUUAGGUCAUUUUCACAGACUUUGGCUAAUUAGAUGUCCUUCCUGUGGGAUCAAAAAUAAAUAAAUCAACAUGUAUUCUAUUGUUAGCUACUUCAAAGCAGCAAGAUAAAGAUUUGAAUGUUUUCUGCAGCUUCCUUAGAUAACAUGAAAACAUAUACUCAAAUAAAGCAAGUACAUAUAGGAGCAAUAAACACUAUUUCAUUAAACCUACCUGUUUAUGUAUAUUUUUGUAUUUAUGUUUUAAUGCCUAAAUGCAAGGUAACACUUGUAUUAUUAUAUUCCAUCUGUAGGCUAUUGUAAAUGAAGUGCCUGGCCAGGAGUUGGAAGUGGAAUUGUUUGAUAAGGAUCCUGAUCAAGAUGACUUCUUGGGCAGGUUAGUCACUUUUCCACAGUUGAACUCACCAGACACAAGAAAGUAACAGAACUGUAUGGGUUACAAAAAAUGGUUAUUUUUCACAUCUGUCAUUGCAAUAAUAGGAGGACAUUGAGAAGGCUAGCUCACGACUCAUGUUAUUUCCCCAAAGAUGGUUAUGGGAUAUUAUAGUUUGUAUUCCUGGCACCAUAGCCCAUAUUUACUUACCUGAUCCCAACGUCGAUGUCCUCUCCGCCUCCUCCGGUGUCACUGCAAGUUCCGCCCCUGUAUUAGGCCCUCUCCAAAAGUAAAGUAUUAAAUCACUGCUUUCCUGGGGAAAUAGCUGAUGCUGGAUAUCCUCAUGCAAAGCAUGAGGCCGUCCAGUGUUCGUUACAGAAACCAAAGGUCUGUUAACAUCCUGUAAGCAUCUCCAGUGGCUGUCUGGUAUAUAGCCACUGGAGUCAGACUUAAUGCUGCAAUGUAGAUGCAUUGCAGUUUCUCUAAAAUAUGGGCACUGCACCCAGACCACUUCAAUGAGCUGAAGUGGUCUGUUUGCCUAUAGUGUCCCUGUAAUAUACCCCCCCCCCCCUUAAAAAUUGUGUUUAAAGUAACCAAGAAGAGUAUCCAUAUGGAAAAAUAAUCUAUGUUUAAAGGAUCACUAUAGGGUCAGGAACACAAACAUGUAUUCCUGACCCUAUAGUGUUAAAACCACCAUCUAGUCCCCUGGGGACCCUCAUGCCUCUAUAAAUAUAGCAAAGUCUUCCUGGAUUCAAGCCUGAAGCUGUAGAUCUGCAUGCUGUUUGCCAAAAAAAAAAAAAAAACAAGCAGUCUGCUGACGUCAUCAGAAGUCGUAGCCUGAUCCAAUCACAGUGCUCCCCCAUAGGAUUAGCUGUGACUGACAAACAGGCAGAUAAGGGGCAGAGCCAGCAUGAUUCAAACAGAGCACUGGCCAAUCAGCAUCUCCUCAUAGAGAUUAAUUGAAUCAAUGGAAAGUUCAGUGUCUGCAUGCAGAGGGAGGAGACACUCAAUGUUUGGAUGCAUUUUAGGCAGCCAUGACCCAGGAAGGAUCUCUAACAGCCAUCUGAGGAGUGGCCAGUGAAGUUAUUACUAGGCUGUAAUGUAAACACUGCAUUUUCUCUGAAAAGACAGGGCUUACAGUAAAAAUACGAAAGGUAAUGAUUCUACUCACCAGAAUAAAUUCAAUAAGCUGUAGUUGUUCUGGUGACUAUAGUGUCCCUUUAAAUUGAUUCAUUGCAAGAACAAAUUAACUGGUUUUGAGAUGUAAACACCCAAAUCUGUUUUUUUGGGGGAUUGUUUUUUUGAGGGGGAGCAGUGGUAUUUGCUUGUUAGUCAUUUAGAUUGUCCCAUCUUCCCUCUUUUUCAGGAUGAAGUUAGAUCUUGUUGAAGUAAAGAAAGCACAUGUUCUGGACAAGGUUAGAAUCAACAGCAUAUUCUGCUGCCUGUUGGAAUGAGAGAGACAACAAUCUGUACACCUGAUAUCUUAUAUUGCGUUCUCUCUUUCAGUGGUUCACACUAGAUGAUACAAAGACAGGCCAGCUACACCUCCGGCUUGAGUGGCUCACUCUAAUGCAAAAUGCUUCCAAGCUUGAGCAGGUAAGAAAAAAAGAGGGCCAUUCAAGUGACAAACUAUGUGUAGGUAUUUCUUGACAGAAUCCUGUUGAUUCACAUUAUGGGUGGCCGUACAAGGGUUAAUAAAAGACUCCUUGUUACGAACGUCAGUAGUUAUGGUACUUUGUUCGCCUAUUUGUUCCCCAAUUACUGAGCAUCAGUGAUUAUAGCUACAGCUAGGGUGUGUAGAUGAAUAGUCAGGUGAAUGCAGUUUCCAAGAAGAAUCUCUCCAGCAAAGAAAAAGUUACCCAAGCAUGAGCCUAGCCUUCAUGAAGGGUACAACAGAAAUAAUGUUUUAUUGAUGCCACACUGGCUUUUAUGGAAAUUAUCCUGCAAGAGGACCUCCCACAGUACACAAAAGUGACAACCAAUCAUAUGCUUAUUUACAGUAAAACAUUCCCUCUCUCUGCCUGGGAGAUAAUUAGGUAAGCUUAGGGAUAACCCAAUUAUCUCCAGGCAAAGAGCACACAAUUUCCCCAAAACCUGGAACACCCCUUUAAACACAUGGUAUCCCCACUAAUGGUAUAUCCCCUGAUAGCCCCAAUCUGUGAAACAAACAAAUUUCACCCAGAUCGGUUCAGGGGUUUUCGAAAAGUGUGGAAGUCUUAAUUCACCGACCGCACGCAAGGCUCCUGCCCAAAACAGUUCCAUGAAUUCAGUGUGUGCGGUCGGUCAAUUUCGAAAAAGGCAUAAAAGUGAAUUAAUGCACGAACGGAGCCUCCUGGCUCAUAGGAGCGAUUGUUCCCCUUGUUCAUGGGAACCAAACUACCGAACGGCGCUCUCCUGGCUGUUCAGCAACAAAAGGAAGCAGACGUUCGUAAUUUUUCAGGGGUGUUCGGGAAGUCGAGUGUCCGAUUUUAGUUUGACACUCGACGACCAAGUCCCACUGCCUCCUUUUGUGAAAACAAGAUGGCCGGCGGUUUCUCUUCCACGUGGCGUUCGACUAUGUGAAUGCCGGCCGCCCAGAGAGAGCGCUCAAUUGACGGUUCCCUUUGAAGUUAAUGAGCCAGGUGGGAGGUCGGUGUUCGGUAGUUUAAACUAAAGAAAAUCCCGAAAUCAAGUCUAUUUUCUUCACACUCCUGCACACCCGUAGGUACUCGUUAUCAUUAAUAAAGGAUUGGGUGUCAAUGGGGGCACUCUACUGGGCUUCCACAGGAAACUCUGCUUCAACCAUUUAUUUAUAAAUAACCAUUUCUAGCUAGUUUGAGAUUUCCUCUAAAUUAUGCAAUCCAGUGGUACAUCCUGACCUUGGUGAAUAACCCCAUAGAUGUAAUAAAACACAGGAUAGUCUGCACAAGCCAUAAAGAGAGUCUAAUGUUAGUGAGUAUAUUCCCUGAUCUUGUAUUUUUUUGGUUAACUCAAAGACUUUGUAUUAGUUUAUUAUCAAUCUGUUUUAUAAUAAAUAUACAUUCUGUUUUUAUUCAAUAUUCAGAUGGUGUGCUAGAAGUAGAGGAAUCUUUAACUAAUCUGUGUUUGUUCCCUCAUUCCUGCUAGAGAACGUGUAUCUGUGAACUUGACCUAAAUGCCUCAUAGAUGUGUCCUACAGUGGAAAGAUGUGCAUUCAAUGAGACUGAAUAAACCACCUACAUGGUGCACUAGUGAACACAAAAUAGUGACUUGCUUGUCUUCUUGUCUUGUAUUUCUUAAUACAGAUAAUGAAGAUCAACAGAGAGAUUUCUUCAAAAAUGACAGGAGAGCCUUCUGCCGCAAUCUUGAUCAUCUAUCUGGACAGGGCUCAGGAUCUGCCAGUAAGUAUGAAGUGCUUUUAUUGAAGAAGAGGGAAAAAAUUGGUUAUUGUAGAUGACCAGUUACUAUUAUAUGUCAUGAAUAGAUACCGGUAGAAUCAGUAUAGCUGUGUGAUCAUUAAGCAGAUAUGGUGGACCUACAAUCUACAUAUAGACUAAUCAGAUGUUUAAUGUUUCCAAGCUUGAGCAGGUAAUAAGGAAGAAUCUAGGUCUCGUGAGUUUUUUUUUUUGUUUUUUUUAAUUCUUUAUUUGUUAUAAGAGGUCAGAUUUGAAAAUACCAUACAGCAAAUGUGGAGACCACUGAUACAUAGCAACAAAAGUUUUUGCAAUACGACAUUCAUGUAACAUGAAAAGUGAAAACAUAACAGAUCUUCUGAAAUCCAUGGUUUUCUCUGCGGUUCCAUGCAUUUCAUCCGAUUCCCAUGGCUGCCAUACUUUUUAAAAAAAAGGCUGGAGUGUGUUACAUACUUGCGCUUUUAGUUUGCCAUUUAAUACGUGUCUUUAAGCUUUUAGGAGGGCUGUUGCUAUGGAUGGUGUUUUAACCUGCAACCACAAUUGAGCUAUAGCUCUCCUAGCUGCUUGUGAGAUUUUGUUUUGUAGUUUCUGUUCUCAAGAAAUCAUUCCAUCUAAGGGAGAAGAGCCCAAGGGUCUAAGCUAAGUUGUCUGUAGAAAAUAUAAGUGAUCAGGUUACACACCACACUCCAGAAUCUGAUCAUCUUAGGGCAGCUCCACCACAUGUGUAUAAAAGUUCAUUGCUCUCCACACAUUUGACAACAGUUAUCUGUUGUGGAAAAAACAAGUGGGUAAAUGGGUGGAGCACACCUGCCCAUGUGGUACAAUUUGGAUCAGCGUUUCAUAAGAUUCCUCCUGAAGUGUUACACAGACUGAAACCUUUUGAGCAAGCCUCUCUGAUGUAUUCCCAGCUCAGUAGGGUAAUAGGGCCCUUUUUUCACGUAUCUUCCACAUGAGGAUAUUUACGAAAGAAUCUUAAACUCUUCUGGCACUAUGUAGGUAAUGUGCUGUUUUGAUUUAUUUGGGGGUUUUCCCAUCCCAUAGUCUAAAACAGGUUAAAGUGUUUUGUUUUUUUAUUCCUUUUAAGAUAUUUCAAACCUAAAAUGAAUCUGGCAUGUGUCUGUACGUUCAUGUAAAUUUUCCUUCUGAGAAGAAUUUAGCUGUAUGUCUUGAUAAACUGGCAUUUUCUCUCUCACCAGUUAAAGAAGGUGACGAAGUCCCCAAACCCCAUGGUGCAGCUGUCUAUACAGGAUGUGACACUGGAGAGCAAGGUACAUAAACAGACCAGUAGCAACUGAUAAGCACCAAAAUUAGAUACUCUGUUGUUGAUCAGGAUGUGCAUGUUUAGGGCAGUAUUUUUCCAUUUUAAUUGAAAAGUGACAACAACCACAGAUGACUUAGGCAGGCCACCUGCUUUUGUAUUUAUGCAAAUAAAUGAGAGUAAAUACUUGCUUAACAUCUCUAGCAGGGUUAUCUGGGUGCUUGUUGACAAGCGUGCCACUCUGCAUACAUGGUAAAAACUCCUGGCUUCCAACCAAGCCGAAACAUCAGGAAGUACAGACUUGUACCUCCGAACAGUUUUUGAUUCACAAUUCUGGUUCUCUGUCAACAAACACCUGAGAAUAAUCCACCAAAAUUAUACAGAGCGUACCGGUAUCAAAACCGUAACAAUGGCAUACAACAACUUUUUAGAGCAGUUCCAUUUAGGUCACCAAGUGUAAGGACUAUGAGGUAGCAAAGUUACUGAGCCAAGGAGAGUACUGUUGCUUGAAGUGCAGACAUAUUCCUCAUUGUAUAAGCAUAUCGUGGGAUCACUCUGAGCCAUAGGCUCACAACUGUUCAAGGCCAUUUUGCUGUGCCCUAUUUCUGAUUUAUCUAUUUUAUUUUUAUUGCCAUGCAUUCUCUUUGGCCCCACCCAUCCUUGUUUUUUAGCUUCCAGCAUCAGCAGGUAUUCAUACUCACUUGUAGGGGACAAAUGCAAACCUUAUUUCUCCAUGUAUUGCUGACAAUAGUGAGGAGGAGAGGAACAAACCGCCUCAUAUACUUAUUGCUUUUACAUCCUUGCUCAUAACAUUAAGUUUUUCAGAACAGUGCAUCUCGAAUUCUGAGAGUGCUGUGUGACUGUUUGUUUUGGUUGGGAUCCAAGUCUUAUUUUCAGAUAACAGGAAGUACACGGAAUGAUGAUCAUGAAAAGAUAUAUAUAUAAUUUGCUCUACAAUACAAACACUGCAUGCUUCUGUCAAUAAACUGGCUUUUUUCUAGUCAUGCUUCAUUUAGAGGGUUUUUUAAAAUUUUAUUUAUUUAUUUUUUGAAAUUCUGUUUAAUAAGAAAUAUAUAGGCUUCACAGCUGUUCUUCCUGCGCACCGAAUACCUUCAUGUUAAAAUGUCAAUGUUAGGUUGUUGCUUCUGUGACUCAUACCUAUCUGUCUGACAUUUGUUAUCUCACGUAACGACAUUCAUACUCAUGUCAUUUUUUUUUCUCUAUAUAUAUAUGUAACCAACCAUGCAGUGAUAUAUCAAAACAAAAAUGUUUCAAUAAAAAUAGAUCAAGAAAAAAGAAAAAUACACUAAUAUAAAAACAGUUUCUUGUACACUAAACUGUAUCCUUUACAUCAGUAUAGUGUCUAACAUGAAUAAAGGACAACGUAGCAAUUAUAAUAAAUGUUUGCACAUCACAAAAUGUGACUUGACCCACAUGGAUUAUUUUUUUUUUUUAUAUUCUUUAUUUUUGCAUGACACGUGAAAAAGCACAACAGUAAUGGUACAUAUCUAUUCAUUCCACAUAUUAUCAGGUAUUUUUAUAGACUAAGAUAUUGACAAGGUACAAACACAGUAAACAUCCAUAUGUUACCAUUACACUUAAGGUUUGCAAAGUAGUAGUCAUUGUUAUUAAUAUUAAUUUCCUUAAGAUAAAGGGAGAUAUGAAGAAAGGAAAGAGAAAGAAGUAGUAAAAAGGUGGUGGCAGAGGAGAGGGAUGACUCUCUUUGAUUCUGGUUAUUACUCCUGCAAAAUUUGGGCCUCCCUGUUGCAGCCAAGAGGAUGCUACUGCCAUUCGUGAGGCCCGGGUGAUUUUAUGCAAACGUUUUUGUUCACUCCUGGUCCAACCAUCUAUGGGGCUAUUUAGUAGAUACAGCCAGUAUUUUAUUUCCGGGGCUCUAGUAAACACCUGGAUCAACAGAUUCUUAAACAAUUUCCAGAAUCUUCGCAUAAGUGGACAUUCCCACCACAUAUGUAAGUAUGUCCCCUUCAAUCCACAUCCUCUCCAGCAAACGUCAGUUGUGUGCAUUCAAAAUAGCUUUUAACAGGAGUUGUGUACCAUCGCAACAUGGUUUUAAAGGAUUGUUCCUAGAGGGUUACGAACAUAGAAGUGUUAUUGAUAGGUUCCCAGAUCUCCUGCCACUCAAUGCCUUCUAGUUUCUUGCCUAGAUCCCAUUCCCACUGGUCACCGUAUGUCAGUCUAUCCCAUUCAUUAUUUUCAGAGUAGAGGUGGGUGUAGAGCAGCGUUAUAGUUCCUUUAGGCAUAUUUCUGGCCCCACAGAUACGUUCGAAGAACGUCAGCAGUGUACGCGCUGCUGCUUUGAUGUGGGGUUGUUUCGCAAAAUCUUUAAUGUGAAGAUACCUUAAGAAGUCGGAAGGUGUCAGAUACCUCCGCUGUUUAAGGUCGUCAAAAGUAAUGACCUCGGUACCCUAAAAUAAAUGGCAUAUCCUCUGAAGGCCUGCCUUCCCCAGGUUUCAGAAGUCCCCGGCAGUCAUGCCUUGCAGAAACGGUCUGUUGCGUAGGAAGUACAUGAGGGGAGAAGGAAUGCUGACAACCCAUACUUUUGCUUUGACGAAUCCCAGAUUCUCAGAGAGUUGAGAAUUGACGUACAAGUGACUCUAAGCAAGGGUCUAUGUUCCUUGGGAACCCACAUGUGAAUUGAGGCAAGUCUGCUCCCGCCAUGAGUAACUCUAUUUCCACCCACUUCCUAUUAUCUGAAGGAGAAUGCCACAUCGCUACUUGCAUCAAUUGAGCUGCUAGAUAAUAGAAGUACAGGUUAGGGAGGCCCAAUCCGCCCUGCGUUUUUCGGCCGAUACAAUACCUAUCUGGAUAUUCUGUGUGUCGUUUAUUUUGCCAUAUAAAUGUACCCAUCACUUGUUGUAAAGGCAAUAGGUGUGCCUUGGUAAGAAGUGCUUGGAACAGGAAAAGAAUAUGCUGCAGAACAUUUAUUUUUAAUGAAUUAAUCCAUCCUAUCCACGAUAUGGGCUUAUCAGUCCAGUUUUCCAUGUCCUUUGUCAGUGUUUUCAUUAACGGUAUGUAGUUAUGGCUAUAUAGUAUCUCCGGGUCUGCUGUUAAGUGAAUCCCUAAGUAUUUGUGAGAGCCGCUUUCAAUCCAUAUGUUAUAUAUAUCUCGCAACAGUGUCGUGUCCGCCACUGCCACUCCUACCGGCAGGGCACUACAUUUAGCCAAGUUUUCCUUAUAUCCCGAGAUUGCCCCACAAUCCUGUAGUAUCCCCUGCAAAGUAGCCAUAGAUUCCACCAGGCUUCUUGAGUGUCAAGAGCACAUCAUCAGCGUAUGCCGAUACCAGGAAUUCCCUACCUCCCAGUUGGACUCCAAGUACAUUUGGCUUUCUCCAUAGCACCUGCAGGAUGGGUUCUAAUGAUAUUACAAAUAGUAGGGGGGACAGCGGGCAUCCCUGUCUACUGUUGUUAUAAAGUCGUAAAGGUUGAAAGGGGGCUCCCCGAGAUCUGCACUUGUGCCCUCACGUUACUAUACAUGGCUUUUAUUAGUGUGACAUAUUCCUUUGAGAACCCCAGGUGUGUCAAUAAGGUAAACCUGUAUGGCCACUGGACCCUAUCGAAGGCCAUUUCGGCGUCAAUAGAAACAACCAACGUAGGCGAAUGUGUUUCCACAUCAGAUCUAUGCUUCUAUGGUUAUUUUCGAACAAUUGUCUGCCUGGUAUGAAGCCAACUUGAUCGGCGUCAUUCAGGGCUGUUAAAAAUGGGUUGUCUAUCCGCCUGAAUCUUUGCAAGGAUCUUCAUAUCGUGGUUUAUAAGUUAUAUAGGUCUGUAGUUUUCGGGCAGUAGCUGGUCUUUUUCUGGAUUUGGUAUAAGUACUAUGGUAGCGAAGGACAUGUCGUGGUCCGGUGUACUACCCUCUCUGAGCUCAGCAAUUAACCAUGACAAAUGAGGUACAAGUUCCUCUCUGAAAGUUUUAUAGUAGGUCCCGUCAAACCCAUCAGAGCAGGAAGGAAGAAAGGAAAGAGAGAAAGGAAAGAAGGUAUGCAAUAUGCAUACCUAGAUAGGUAUGAAAGACAUCUGGUCUUACGAAUCGCCAGACCCAUGCGGGGUACAUGAUCCAGCACCUCCACCGCACUCGUGAGAGGCAGAUGAUGCAGGCCGCUUCCUUAGGAGGUGCCAGCCGUUACCAUACCCCUAAGGGAGGUUCCUCUGUGACUGUCACGGAAUGUAGUGAGCCCCUCUUAAACAAUAAUUGGGACCCCUUUAGAAUUGCAUUUUUUGUACUGCAUAUUCUGUUUUGCUUAGUAACUACACUUUGUAGCUCUCUCCUCCAGCUGGGUAGGAAUAUGGAUAUCACAUGAAGUAGGUAUGUGAAAGUGUGCUGCUUGUGCUGGAAGCACAUGAAUUUAGCGGUAGCAUAACAUCAGCCAGGAGGUCACGUAGGCAGUCAAACUAAGGAAGUAGCCAAUGUCUAGCAUAUGUUAUUGUACACUCCCUAACCAGAUAUUUGUUUUUAGUCGUUUGUUUUGUUUUCUUAUUUAUAUUUUUUCAUAUUUUUGAAACGCAUGGAGAAUAGGUCUACAGGCUAUUAACUACUCUCCCUAUUACCAGCAAGCCCUAACCAGUCCGUAUGAGUAAUCAAUAUCUAUAUAUGCCAUGGUUUAGGUGGUAGCCCUUCUAGUCUGGUUAUUUAGGAUCCUGAAACAUUCCAGUGCUGGGCCCGGCCGAAAUGUGUGCUACUAGUGUCUGCCUGUGAGAGCCCUAGGGAAGGGCGAUUAUUCUGGCAACUGUAGAGCACAGACGUCAUGAAUAGUGGUAUAAUCGUGCUGCAAUUCACUUAACUAUAUACAAGAAUAAACUCAACUGUGACCUCCUAGCCCUCGUAGUUAUGAUAUCCCAAUGCCUUGCCCCGUGUUGUGGGGAUAACAGGUAUGCCCACAUAUGCCCCAUGAAAAGUAGUAUGGGAUACUAUAGGGGUCAUAUGCCUGCGCUAUCUUGCCUUUAACCAUUCAGGAAUGCAUCGAGUUCCGGGGAAGUCCAUAUGUGUCAGCCCUCUGAAGGAAAAGUCUGCCACCAUUCAGAGUACUGUUGGGAUCGGCUAAGCGCUGCACCCGGCACCCGGACACAAAUAAGCCCUUCCAUGUUGUUGCUGUAAUACUCAUCCCCGUCCCUCACUCAAUGCCCCUCCAUCCUGCAGUAAUACGUAUCCGGUAUGAACCAUGGUUUGCUAGUGUGGCUGUAAUUGCGGCCAUGGACAAAACGGUGGGUAGGCCCAUAUCCCUCACCCGUCAUCCCCCAACAGUCCAGUCACCAACCCCCCUAAUACUGCAGCAAGUAGUAAAACCCCCCUCCCCCAAAAAGCUAGAGUUUUCCCCAGCUGGCAACAUACGAUACCCGUUGAGGUAGUCAGUGCCCUCACACUCCAACCUCCUGCCACUCGCUCGGCAGCUGGCGUCACUCUUGCGGGGUCGCAGAAAUAUUAGGCAGGUAGAGACAAGGCCCAGGAAUAAGCGCUGUGUAUCUCCGCUGGGUGUGAGAACCUGCACACAGGCAUAUCGGAGACCUCCCAAGCGCAAGGUUUCAGUGAUGGCUUUCCAUUCACAGCGGCGCUGGAGAGUGCUGAGCGCUACGUCCUGAUACAUGAAUAGGUCUGUGCCUGCAUGCUUGAUGGGCCCUUCUCUGCUCUUUCGAAGCAGGACCUCCUUCAUCUGGAAGUGGAGGAAUCUGAUAACCACAUCUCUCGGGGCAUUGGCAUCGGCUCUCCGAGCAUGUAGGGCCAAAUGUGCCAGUGGCUGUCUGGUACGUCCGGCAACAGGGGCUUAAAAAUGGUGAGCAGGAGAUCUUGAAGGGGGCCUUUAUUAUCCUUCUCUGAGAGGCCUUGAAGGCGUACAUUAUUUCGCCUUGAUCGGUUAGCCAUAUCCUCCAUAGCCAGUUUCGUCUCUGCCAUGAGGGAGGUGAGACGAUUUACGUGGGUGAUCACCUCAUUAUGUUCCUCAGUGGUGUUUUAAAGGCGUUCCUCCAGCCGCAUGCGCGGUUCUUGUGCCGAGUGCGAGCAUUUCGGACUGUAAGACAGCCGUUGACUUCUCAAUUUCACCGGCAAGGUAAGUGUGGACUUCAGCCAGCUUAGCCAGAAUCUGUGUGGUAUAACUAGAGGAGGGUUCCACGUUAGGAGCUGCACGUGGUGAGGGUGGUGGGGAAGCUACGACGUCAUCUUGAUUUUCCGUCGGCCUGAGUUUCUGGGCAGCAAAUAGGUUCAGCAUCAUGUUCCCGGAUUCACGUCCUUCUUUUGCGUGUUUUUUUGGGUUCCUCAUCUCCAUUUUCUGUAAAUUAGCAGGUUUGAGUAGCUUUUGUGUGCUUAUGGCAGUGUGAGAAGAGCGGAGCUCUACACAGAUGCGUCCAGCUCUCUCCUCUGUCACUGAUCCACAUGGGUUUUCACUUGACUUUAUUCUACAUAAUUAUUCUCUUACAAAAUGUUGCAUCAUCGCAUGAUUUUUGGAAAACAUAAGAUAUAUUCUACAUAUAUUCUACCCUUACCUCCAUUUUGAAAGAACUUUAAGAGAAAUUAUUUAAGUAUUUGUAAUGUAAAGAUCUGUUUGCCAUAUCUUCUUUCUGUUAAUCAAACCCCCUGUAAUGUGCAAUCGCAAGGUUUAUGAAACUAAACCUUAGAUCGUGUUACUCCUGCUUUGGAUUAUUUAAUUAAGUUUUUGCAUGGCAGUUUGAAAACUCCACUAGAAUUAUAUCAAGCAAAACAGAAAGAUUCUGCUUGCUAAUCUCCAUGCUUGAAUUCUAGGAGGUUUCAGGCAGAUUCUGACCAUCAUGGUCCUUUUGUAGAAAUAUAUUAAGACAGUACCUUACCUAGAUCAGGGGAUGCAUUUAUAGUAUUGUAGUGUAUGUUAACAUGUCUUAAAUCAUGUGUGGACAACAUCCAUUCUACCAGUUUCUCCCUAUCCUGCUGGUUUUCAUUUAAAUUUAUAUUGUAUGUAUAACAGAAAAACAAUCACUUACCGAGUCACAUUGUGUUUCUUCCUUGCAGACCGUGCAUAAUACCAACUCUCCUGUUUGGGAAGAGCCAUUCCGUUUCUUUAUUCGUGACCCCAACCUGCAUGACUUGGACAUACAGGUGAGACUGUAUACACCGAGAACAAUAUGAUUCUUUGUAUUCUCCAGCUUGGGCUACUCUGUAUUAGUCCAAUUGCACAUAAGCAUCUAUUGUUUUUUGUUGUUGUUUUUUUCCUAGGUGAAAGAUGAUGAUCGGCAGUUUUCAUUGGGCUCAUUGUCUCUUCCACUUAGUCGGAUCCUUUGUGCUGAUCAACUCACAUUAGACCAGUGGUUUCAGCUGGAGAACUCUGGAUCCAGAAGCAGAAUCUACAUGAAACUCGUUAUGCGGGUAACAAUCAUAAACAAAGAAAGGAACCUGUGACAUUUUCAUUGACAUUCACUACUGGCACCAUUAGCACUUCCUGCACCAAACUUCACCAAAAAGUAUUUUCCUGUAUUCCCUGUAAUUAUCUGUUUCGCCUCUUAUUUACAUGUUUAAAAAACAAAACAUCCAAGUAUAUUUCUUAGUGUUGUGCUUUAGACAGUCUUGACAAUCUCCUUGCCAUGACACCACUUCUUGUCAUGUAGAACGUUCUCUUAACUGUGGUGACCAUUUUGCACAAAGUCAUCUCAUUUGUUAUUUUGUAAAUUAUGACUUGAUCUUCCUAUCUUAUGCUGUUAUUAGUUUUCAAACACAUGGCAAAUUAUGUAAUCACAUACUUUCUAUGCACCCCUUAUUAGGGAUACCAAAUUAACAUUUUACGUUUGUGGAACAGAUUCUUUAUGUGGACCCAGCAUAUGUCCCUGUGGUGGAAACAGAGAGUGCUGGGAUUGAGGCUUCAAUUGGAUCCAGUGUAGAUUUGCCCCCAAGACCUGUAAAAACCAACCCUGCGGAGAAGUUUGCAACUGAGGUAAUUUAUUACCAGGUUAUAUUAUGAGUUUGUAUAGCUAAGAUGUUUUGGAAAUCCACCACUCAUAUUUAAAAAAAAAAAUACUUUAUAAUGAUCUGUUCAAGCACUCCGGAGAGUGACAUGUAUAUAGUUGUCCAGUGUAAUUGCGAAGAUGCAGGUCCUUCACACUUCCCAAACACAGUUUGUGGCUUAUAAAAUUUUGAGAGAAAGUUGGUAGACUCUUAUAAUGAAAAAUUAAGAUAACAUGGUGACUGCCUAGAAAGACACCGUAAGGAUAAUUUACUGUAUCAUUUACACAGCUACAUUGUAUGGACCUUAAUUUGUAAAUAAAUGUGUUUUUAUUAAAUGCAACAAAUCUGUUAUCCCACCCCCUUUGGAUUCAUGGGGUUAUCCUGGUCCCACUGGAAUGAUCUCUGGCUACUGCUUGAGAGACUUUCUGUUGAAUUGUGUGUUUGUCCUGAUUAAAGAUGGCAGCUGCACCUCACUCAAAUUAAAGCUGGAGCUCAUUCCUUCAGGCCUUUGAAGACCUGUGCAGGCAAUUCUUGGCAACGCUUGCGCUCUGGGUCUCCAGCAGAGCAUCACAGUGGCUUACGGAGGUGAGGCCGAGGUUGUCUCUCCGACUCUGGUUAUCCAAUAGUUCAAGACUUUGCAGCCACCCACCCUUGCCAAGAACCCCUUCAUACAGUUCUUACACUUGGAAAGUCCAGGGUCGGCAUUGCUGGGAGUGUACACCAAGACGACCACGAGUUGAGCACUGUUUGCCAUUUCAGUGUGGGCUUGGGGAUGACUUGAAAUAUUGCCUGGGGAAUGUGGAGUGUUUUGGCUUGGAUUGCUUGGACCAUGCCUUUUAGUGUUGGUGAUGUGCUUCUAGCCGAAGCGUGUUAUAUUUGCUCCAUUAUGCGGGGCAAUGUUUGAUGGACUUCAUCCCCCUUGUCAUGUCAUGUAAGACAGAUGUGGGGGACUAUCAUCUCAUGUUGGAUCAUUUAUUAUUUUCAAAAUUUUAUUAUUUCUGCAAUUUUAUACUCUUCCUCUGGCACCCAUAUAUUGCUGGUCUAGACAGUUAAUGCUAAUGCUGACUAUUGUUAUCCCCUUUCUUACCCAAAAAGAGUGGUUUUACAACUAGUGCAAUUCUGCUACCAGAGUGCUAUAUGAGAUAUCUUUGCACUACUUGUGUUUCUACUUUAUUACUUUGCAAAAUGAGAUGUCCUUAUCUAUGCUAGUUCUGCCUAUGAUUUUAUUUGUGAAUGUUUUUUCUUUUACUGUAUGACGGUUACAUGCUGAUAUUGCAAUCUGUUUGUUGUCUCCUACCAUCUCAAUAAAUACAAAAAAAGGAGGGUAUGUACAUUCAUAAAUUAAGGCAUCCAGGAAUAAGAAAAUUGGGUUGUAAGAAUUGUACACACUGUGUUUCAUUGCAUUGCUGUUCCAAUUCUUUAUUUUUAUCUUGUACCUAAUAAAACUGUGCUUGUUUUCAGAACGUGAUUCGCGUGUUCGUCCUCGAAGCAGAAAAUCUGAUUGCCAAAGAUAACUUCAUGGGUGGGAUGAUAAAAGGGAAAUCUGACCCUUACACUGUGAUACGAGCGGGAGGCAAAUCUGUGCGUACCAAAGUGGUGAAGGAGAAUUUGAACCCGCGGUGGGACCAGGCCUUUGAGGUAACACACACACAUAUACAGAGUAAUGACUAUUAUUAUUAUUAUUAUUAUUAUUAUUAUUGCCAUUUAUAUAGCACCAACAGAUUCCGUAGCGCUUUACAAUAUUAUGAGGUGGGGGAUUUAACUAUAAAUAGGAUAAUUACAAGAAAACUUACAGGAAUGAUAUGUUGAAGAGGACCCUGCUCAAACAAGCCUAUAAAAACAAGUCUAUAGGAGCUGGGGUAUAAAACACAAUCUGACAGGAAAUUAUCACUGUAUACUUGCUCAUUGUCCUAUAACAGUGGUUCUGACACUGCCCACAUUAAGAUUUAAAUGUAGUUGCACUGAUUUACUGCAGUAAAGUCAACACCAGGAAAGUAUUUUUAAAAAAAUACUUGUUAAAUGAUUAUUUAUUAAUUAAUGGGUGGGCCAUUGCGUGAAUGUUUCAGUUAAGGAAUAGGUAUAAAAGAUAAAAUAAUAAAUAAAACUCUGAUGCAAUGUACACAAUUUGGGCCCCUGACCUAAAAAACAUUAGAGAAAAACUCUGUUCCAUAUUUAGUAAAUAUACUUUUAAAGAACAUAAACCAUAUAUGUAUAACUUGCAAAAAGUAAUACCUCUAAAAAUGUACAACUUACCCACACAAACAUAACUUUCCACAUGCUGUGGGUAUUCAGUUCUUUGUAAAAUGAGCGACUGGCAACAGAUCAUGGGAGUUGGAAUAGACAUUAUUAGGCGAUACUGUUGAUGUGAAAAGGUGAAAAUGUUCAAAAAUCAGUAAAUGUCUUAACCGUAAAUACUUUUUUUUAUCUGCAGAUACUGGUUACAGAUAUCCCAGGGCAGGACAUUGAAUUUAAUGUGUUUGAUAAAGAUGUUGAUGCAGAUGAUUCCUUGGGAAGGUCAGUAUAUGUUUUGUGUAUGGUAUUAUUACAAUUUAUGUGUAGUAUAUGAUGUAUUUGGGAUUUAUUUUGUUUUGGGCACAAACUGCUCCUGUGCCUCUUAAUUAGACAUGGUCAGAUCACAUAUAUAUAUAAAAUAUCACGGAUUCACUGUGUCACAAGCUGGAUUGGCUUCACCUCAGUUAGUAUUUACAGGCAGCUUCUCAGGAUUUGCAUAAAAAUAGAAUAAAACCAAAACAAUGCAUUAUAUUAUUAUAGCAAUAUACAUCCCACCAUCCUUGGACUCAAUACUUACUCUGUGCCUCGGUCUUUCUGGUGUUUAUCAACAUCUGGGCUCAGAGAAUACAUUCAGACUGAAGGUUUUCUGGUCAGGGCGCCAGCUAGAAGGUUGGCGUGGGUGAGCAUUGUUACAGCCUCAGUGAUUUUAAAUAAUUUACAUUUAGAACUGUACUUUGCAGUGUGCCCUUUACUCUUUUGAGUGUAAUUCUGUUUAUUAAAGAAAAUCCCCAAAAUGCUCCUGUAUAGAGGACACAGUGACCGUUUCCAUUAAUAUUAAUAUGGGGUUUUAUAGUGUGAGAUACUAAAAGGUGCCAAUGGCAUGAGUCAUCGGUUACAAGUUCCAAAGAGUUGCUAUAUCUGCCAUGUGCUUUGAAGUAGCUUUCCUUAGUAAAAGAAUGUAAAAAAUUUCAUUUUGUUACCCCCAGGUAAUGGGUUAGCUUUGUUUGACUUUAGUCUAUGAGUACUAGCUUAACAGUUGGCGGUUUUUCAAGACAAUGGUUUAGAGCAUAUUUCAUAUUCAUAAAUAUCCUUCAAACUAUGAAUUUUUUACACUAAUCAGAAAUUCUGGAGAACUGUAAACAGUAUUUUAAAAUACAGGACAAAAAUAAUCCCGCAACUUGGCUAUUUUCCAGCUUAGCUAUUUUGUCCCAAAACAUUGAAAAAAUCUAUCUGUAGUUAGAAUUAUUAAUAUAGCUCCUACAUAUUUUACAGUGCUGUACAGUAAGUAAAAAAAGACAAACCAUUCUAACAAAACACGUUUGACAUACAGGAACAGUUUGUGUGUCAGGCCUCUCAUAUGCCUUAAAGCGGCACUGUCACUAUAUAGGGACUUUGCGGAACGGUACCAUUGCCCCCGGAGGCCAGGGGGGCUGGUAAUGGUGAGCCUUACUUACCUGAACCUGUCCCUUGUGGGACAGUCGCACCUACCUGCAAGUAAUGUGCUCAGCCUUCCUGAACACUUCCUGUAAAGUGAGAUCUAAUGUUUACACUUACUUUAUUGCAAAUUCUGUUUAAUUUUGAAUUUCUUAUUACCUGAACUGUUAAUAGUUUGCUAGGCUUUGUAGUAGCCUCUUCUAUGUAAUUAAAGUUCAAGUUACAGAGCAGGAGAUUAAAACUUCUAAAGUAAGUGAGUAUCUGUUUGAAAAUUAAACCUAUUUUCUUUGAUGCAGCAUGUGAGAGUCACAGCCAGGGGAGGUGUGGCCAGGGCUUCAUGGAUAGAAACAAAAGUGAUUUAAUUCCUAAAUAACAGAGAAUUGAGUAGUGACACUUAAGAGGCAUGACCUAUACACAAAACUGCUUUAUUAAGCUAAAGUUGUUUUAGUGAUUAUGGUGUCCCUUUAACAAUGUGUCUUAUAUCCUUACAUAUUUUUAUUUCUCUCUGGAAUUUAUUAUUACAAUAUUCGUUAUGGGUUUUAGAGCCCUCGGAGGCUUCCCAAGUAUAUGUUUAUGCACCUUAUUAAAAUAUUUAUAUUUAAAGAAUACUAAUACCAACCCUAAUAACACAAAAAAACACAAUAAUUCCAAAUAAUAUUAGUGUAAAUUAUUUACAUCUCCACAUUUUGUGUAACAUUUCAGAAAGGGUGUAUUUUAGCCAACCUAGAGUUAAAGGGACACCGUAGGCACUGUAUCUGCUUCAUCUCAUUAAACUGGUUAUAGUUUAUGGAGUCCCCUGGUGCCAUCAUUUCUUUCAGCAUUAAACAGUUUUUAAUGUUGUAAUGUUUUAAUGCUAAACAAGAGACCACGGUAGUCCAUCCCCUCUGUGCUGCUUUGGCUAAUAAGGAAGUAUUACCCUGAGCAGCAAUGGGCAGCUGUGAUUGGCUGAGAGUGUCAGCUGACUGCUUUUAACCUGUCAGAGUUCCAACUGACGGUAUGAAUGGGUAUGACAACAAGGAAGUGUGUAAUCUCUGCCUUAGCUACACAUACAAAAGGGGCCGGACUGUGGGUGGCCAGGGACUCUUAAUUUAUGGCAUACUGCACAAACAUGGUGCAACACUGAAUGGAGGGACAGUGCCAGGGCACUCCAGGCACUAUAACCAAUUCAAAGAGACAAAGUGGUUAUAGUGACUACAGUGUCCCUUUAAUAGUCAAUAAUAAAUGUCCUGCAGCUGUGGUUCAAGCUCCCUACGCAGGCUCUCCUGAAAACAGCGAUGUUCACGGUUUUCUAUCAUAAGCAGUUACAAACUUGAUGUGACUAUGGAGUAAUGUAAUGUGAUCUAUUCUGUUUGCUAUUUAUUUACUUACCCUUUUUUAAAGUUUAAUAACCGCACUGUUAAUCUUCACUUUGUCCCACCCCUCCUCCAUCUUCUUUCUUCACUAGUUGUAAAGUGAGUGUGAAAGACGUCCUGAAAAAGAAAACCAUUGAUGAGGUAUUUAUAUAUACAUUUGUGCAGUUUAUUUUUUGAAAGGAGAAAUACAGAAAAAAAACUUAAAAAUCCAUAGUACUUUAUAUAUUAUUAGAUGCAAACUCACAGUAGACAUGUUGAUGAUUUACUGCUAUUUGUUUGUAUUAGAACUCCAUGUCAUGGUAGCACCUUGUUUAUUCAUUAUACCCAUCUGUCCUGCCUUAAAAUGUAAACAGUUUUCGUGUUUAUUUUGUGAGUUACUUGGCAUGUUGCAGCCUGAUACAGUUCUCUGUUUAUUACUUGGCAUCAUAUCUGCUUUGUUUCUUCAACUAGAAAAUGUUUCUGUGCCAUUGCUGAAAAUAGUCUUUCUUACACUGGAGUCCCGUUUAUAGCUUAGUUAUGGUUGACCCUCACACUCCAGAUGUUUCUAAACUACAUUCCACGUGAUACUCGACCGGUCCUAAGGCUUUCUAAGCAUCUUGGGAAAUGUAGUUUAGAUGAUCCUGGUAUAACUUGUAUAUGAGGUGAACUAUAUACAGUGCUAAUGUCCGUGAACCUAUUCAUCAAGCUCUGCUACAGCAAUCAACAACCAGUGCUUGUUAGGGUUUUGUUGCCUUUGUUAUCACCACAUUGACAGACAUGGGUCUUAGUGCAAUAUAAUUGUGCGUAUUUUCUCCAUAUUAAACACAGUGUAACUCGUUUCUCUUGUGUGUUUCCAGUGGCUGCCAUUACAGGAAGUUAAAUCUGGGAAACUGCACGUCAAACUGGAGUGUCUAUCUCUAAUUACUGAUGCUUCUCAACUGGAUCAGGUAUUAAAUUUUCAUUGCUUUACAGUAUAGGAAGGAGAAAAGUUUGUUCUUUUUUUCUGGUGUUGCUGAGAAUAUGUCUUUUUCAGGUGCUGAUGAUAAACAGUCUGUCUCAGCCUGCCAACAGUGAGGAUUUCUCUGCCGGCCUUCUGUUUGUCUAUAUAGAGCGAGCAAGCAACCUUCCUGUGAGUUCUCAUUAACUGUCUGCUGCCAAAUACAUUCUCUCCAGUCUGUUUUUUUUUGAAUGCAUCAUCUAACCUCUUUUGACUCCCAUUUUGUUAUCAUCUUUUUAAUAUAGUGCCUGCAUUCCCUUUAUUAUCUGACCUAUUUAUUAUAACAUCUCCUUGUACACAGAUACUGAAGGGGAAAAACCCACCAGCAGCAAAUGCAGAGCUUACUGUGAAGAAAGUUACUUACAAGACCAAGGUACGAUUUAUUGAUACUUGUCACCUUCAUGACAGCUUAGAGUUUCAAACACGUUACAAUAUAUAAAUUAAUAUGGGUCUAUUUGAAUACUGUAUACAUCUGUUGUUUCAUACAGUUUUUUUUAAUUUUUUUUUAUCUUCAAUGCUACCUCUUUACAUUUGUAGCUUUAUUGUUCAUUCAUAACAUAUAAUGUCUCAUGCAGAGUAGACAGCAGUGUUUGCAUAACACUGAAGAAUUCUCUACAAAUGACUCAGUCUAAGCAAAUAAUUACUCUGAUAUCUAAGCAAUUAUUUUUCUUCUCUCUAUAAAUGGUCUAAUCUUUUACAGGACAGUGUACAUUAAUAAUUGUCUUGAUAAUUGUGUUUUCUUGCAUAAACAAGACCCAACACCCUGUAUCCAGUUAUUCCUACCUAAACAUGCAUGAGAAAUACACAUAUAUGUAUACUCAAUUCUUUGUAUAAUUUAUUACAUUUAUAGGUCCGUGAAAUUCUAAACCUUGCUUAACAGUUGCAAUCUAAACAAAAUAUUGUUUAUCCACAAGUAAAUAUAAACCUUUUUAAACUGGAAAUUUAAAGAUAUGGAACCACCAACUUGUAUUGAGUCCUAUUCAUUAAAGGGGCACUCAAAGUUGGAACUCACCUAUUUUUAAAUAUAUUCUAUAGAUAAUUCACUUGGACAAAUAUGCUAAACAAUCAGUGCGAAAUUGUGAAAUACAUUUCCAGGAUUCACAAUUCAAGUAGGUAGCACUUCGUAGACAUGGAAAUGAUCAGCCAAUUAGCUGGACUUUGUGGGCAGAUCAGGGGUUUCUUGUAUUUGUAGUUCUGUUAUCCAAUUAUUACGCCCAGAAAUGCUUCCUGCUGACAAGAAUAGUGUGUUAUUGGAGAAACACUGCAGUUUAGGAGGAAGCGACAGAAAGGAAGCUGUGACUGAGUUUCAAAAUGGGGUAGCAAAGAAGGGGUUCUUGACACGCUAAUUCUUUUCAGUGACCAGAACUGCAAUUUAUUGGGUAACACAGCAACACAAUAAGGGUGAGUGCUGGUCACUGAAAAGAAUUAAGGUGUGCUUAACCACUUCUUUGCUCUUGGAAACUUUGGUGGUUGGUGACACAAGGGUUAACCCUACACCCUGUGUUGGGAAAAAAUAGAUUUUUUUUUUUUUACUGUGGCCUGGAAAUUAUAUGGUUGCUUUCAUGAUAUGUCUAUUGUUGAGAUUGACUUGGUUUAAACUGUUCUAAAUAGAGAACUCUAAAUAAAAAGGAUGGUGGGACAGAGGAAACAGGGCUAAUAUACAGAAUACAGCAAAUACAUUAUUUUACCAUUUCUGGGUAAAUAACCUGCAGUUCUGGCAUUGGCUAUCUAGCUUAUUCACAUGUUGCUUUGAAAACUCAAGCAUUAAAGUGUAGUUUUCACUGUAUCGCUAAUACUGAAACAUCUGUGCAGGAGUUACAUGUAGCUGGCUUAGCCGGGGAUCUCCUGUACACACAGUAGUGAAUGCAGCCAUCAUAAGUGACCUAGCAAUACUUUUGCUCCAUCUGAGAGUUUAGCAAGCCUACCACUAUUAUUUCAGCGCUGGUCAGACAGAGAGUGAAAUUCUUUCUCAUCAGCUUUUUUUUCCCGGCAUAUAACCCAUAUAUAUGCCCAGCAGUACAAUUCCUACCAAUCUUGGAUAGACCAACCAGAACAUUGUAUGUCCUCAUGCUGCUUUUAAAUUUAAAAAAAAAAACUAUAGCCCUAAAUCUAAUAUAAAACAAAACCUAUACUAUAAACGAUACAUAAUACCAAUGACUACGAAUACCAAUAAUUCCCAAUUAAUCCUCUGGAGACCUUAAUAUACCACUUUACCUUAGAUCUUGUGGUGUAUCUUUUUUUUUUUUUUCAAUGUAUUUUAUUUUUCAAUUUUCAUUGGUCAUGCAUAAUAUAGAUAGGAAAUAACUCAGGAGGGGGUACACGGAGAGAAGAGGGGGGGUGGGGGAGGGCGACAAUGCAUAUACAAUGUAUCAUAUUCAUACAAAAGUAUUUUUAACAACUGUACAUAGAAUUAGAUAUUAGUCACAAAUCACUAGCUUCCGAAUAUAGUACAUACAUUGGUAGUUAUAUACAUGUUUGCAUGAAACGUUCUAAGGCACUAACUUGGUUCCUUACGCCCUAACUGUUGAGGUCGCUGGGGUGGGGGGAAAAAAGGUCUUGUGGUGUAUCUUAACUUCAUUUGUCACUGUUCUGUAUUGUCUCUUUCUUUUUUAUACACAUAGACAGAUGUAUAAUUUGAGGAUAAAUAAUACUAUGCUCAGUCUGGUGUGACAAUAGCAAACACCUAAAAAUACAUACGGAAAAGCUAAAAUGAAAUCACAGGAGGAUUGUUUCAGCAUUGUUUGUCUUUGUUUUGUUCCUUCUCAGUCUGCCUCAAAGAGCACCUCUCCUGUGUGGGAUGAAAGCUUUGUUUUUCUCAUCAGGAAUCCAGCUAAUGAGACCUUCCAGCUACAGGUCAGUAUGAAGCAUGAUUACCUGCAUUAAUUUGCUGAUAACAUUCUUGUGUAUUUUUAUUUACAUUCAACAUUUUCUUGCAGGUUCGCGAUGACUCUCAUAAUUCCUUGGGAUCCUUCAACAUGCCCAUUUCUGAUCUCUUGGAUGCUGAUUGUCUGACAUUUGACAGAUGGUUUAAUCUGACUUCACCUGGACAGCACAGUCAGGUUCUGAUGAGACUGCAGUUGAGAGUGAGUGCAUGAUGUUAUUUUGUUGUAUAGAUCAAUGAUGGCUGAGCUUGUUAUCCCAGAUUUUUGAGACCUGUCUUUCCCAUGAUGCUCAGUCAGCCUAGUCUUAGCCUGGCCAUCUCUGUUUUUAUAAAGGCAAAUGUAAAAUUAAUAGAUGUUACUAUGUCUAUCACAAAUAAUUUUCAAUGUUACAAAUUGUAACAGGUUUUAAAGUUAUAUAUUGUAACCUGAUACUUGCAUAUCUCUGCCCCCUAGAUUUUGUCCUCUCCAAAUGUCAGUCCUGAGCUCCAGGCACUUAAGAUUGCUUCAUCUGAUCCUCAAAGACCCCCCAGUCCAAAGAAAUUGUCUGACACUGACAACAUAAUGCCUGCUUUUGAUAGCAGUGACCUUGCAUUUGCAUCCUCCCCGGGGGAUCUCCGUCAAAGACUGCCUCACUCUAACAGGUAAGGCUCACAUUGGGUCAUUAUUACAACUGCAUGGAUUUCUUUAAUGUAGUCAUUUUUCUGUAUUUCUUAUUUUGAAUCCACAAGUUGCCCUAAAUUCACUUUCAUUUUAGCAAUUACCCCUAUAAAAAGACUAACAGGUGUUUUUUUUUUUUUCCUCUUCUGAUACCAUUAAAUUGUGCUUUGGUAAUAUUCUGUGUGGUUAAACACCCCAUUCAAUCUGUAGGGUGAAAAACAUUGUCCAGGAAUUGUUGAUAAAGACUAUAAAGAUGCCAUUCUUUUGCCUUUUCACUCUACUUGGGCCACUUCACUGCGCCCCCCCCUUCUCCCUCAAAUAAUCAAAAUUACUGUUUACUAGAUAUACGCCAAUAAAAACAUUUAUGCAUAUUUAAUUAUAUGUUUGUUUUUUUCCAAUGGGAGUAUAUCUAAAAACCAUUUGCAAAAGCUGCAAUUCUCUUGUCUGAAGCCUUUGCAAGACUCCCCCUGCUGACCCAGCCCAGACUCCCAAAUACAGAUGGAAUCUAAGGGGAUCUCAGUGUUGGAGUCUGCAGAGUCAAGAGAUUCUGCUUUUAUCUUAGGAUGGUAAUAGAUUGUUAGCACUGCUUAAAAAAGAUUAUCUUUGAAUAUUUAUAUAAUGUUAUGGUAACAAUUCAGGGAGUAGUGAUUGGAGACCUCCUUGUGAAGGGGGUUAAAGGAGAAUAAAUGUAACAACCAACUUUAGAUUACCCUAAUAGAGAGUGGGCAAAGCGAGGUAACUAUGUACAACUGGCAAAAGUUAACAUGACCAUAAAGGAUAGGUAGAGGUAUAAGAGGAAAUAUGGCUAACGGACGUAUAUGUACCUGUGCUCUGUUCUGGAAGGAAACAUACGGAGUAUAGAUUUGUUUUAAUGAAUACUUCAAGUUGCACAAAUUAAAAUUGAUUUUAUAUAGAAAUAUUUGUAUCCUUUCUUCCACAGCGAUCCAUCUUCCACAGACUCUCUCCUGGGACAGCUGAGGAUGACCCUGUAUUACCCUGCUAAGGAAGGGAGACUUGUAGCAGUGGUACACAACUGCAGGUAAUGCAAGUUAGUACAUGUUUACUAACAAACAUAUGCUUCUUGUCACAUGUUACACAACACAUUGUAAUCUAUUCAUGCAAUCUGGUCUGCAAAACUGGCCAUAUGGGACCAGAGAUUAGGAUGGCAUUAUAGUCUGCCAACUGAAAUGUUUAGAUACAUUUGCCAGCAGUUUGGCUAAUUCUGUUGUAGUUAAAUAUCCUCUUCAAAGUGAAACCAUGUCAUUAAUAGUGGAUAUUCACUACUAUCUAUCCAUAUGCUAAAUAAAAAUGCAUUAUUCAGUAACUUGCCCCAUACAUAAUACAUCAAUAUGAAUCCUGGUGAAAAAUAUUUUCAAGAAGGACCAACUUUUGAAGCAGUAGGGUAUACAUUUCUCACUUGGAAUCUCAGGACAGAGAAUAGGCAAAACAUAUAUUGUAAAGUGUUGUACAUUAUUAUAGUUAUUAUCAUUAGCAUUAUGAUUGUCAUUGAUAGAACACCAGUAUAUUUCAGUGCUUCACAAUUAUACAAUGGGCAUAUAUAGCAAGCAAUGUAAAUGUUAAUAGAUACAAGAGUUGAAGAAGGCCCUACGCAAAGGAACUUCUAAUCUAAGAUAGUACAAUGCUCUGUAUUCUAGUUCUAGAGUGUCGAGUGUGAGUCUUUCUCCACUACUGACUCCUAAAAUAAUGAUGAGAAAAUUAUCUUGGUAUAAGCAUGUAGAGCCAGUUUUGGUUGGAAAGUAGUAGUGGGACACUUUUUUUUUUUUUUUUUUUCCUCUCGUCUCCUUCGCUGAACAUAUACAAAGAUCCAAACCCAAAUGUCACUGAAAAUUUUAUUUAAAAAUGAAUCCAUUUUUGUAACAUUAUCACCACUUUUGAACACAGAGCUUCUGACAAAAAAAAAAAAAAUGUAACACGUGUGCACUCUUGACUAGUGUUUUGUAUUUAAUCUAAUCAAUUAAUUUUUAUCAGAAAUCUAGGCCUCUCUUCCAAGGAACCUCCCGAUCCUUACCUGUCAAUGGUAUUGCUACCAGACAAAAAGCGGAAAACCAGUGUGAAGAAAAGGACCAAUAACCCAGAAUUUAAUGAAAAGUAUGUUCAUUUUGGAAUUCAUAAAAUUGUAUGGUUUAUAUAUGUUUAACAUGCUACAUUAGUCACCAUGUGUGGACUGUCACUUAAAAUAUGUCUGCUGGACAUUUACAUCACAAAGUAGCCCACUUUAAGAACCUGACCGUAGUGUGGUAGUGUUUGUGUAAGUGGGGCUGUAUUACAGAAGUGUGUGUGAAAAUUGGGAUGUAUUAGUGCCUGUGAUUGCGUGGGUGUAUUGGUGUAGUGUGGGACUGUAGGUGAAUGUUGGUUUUCAUGGUGUAGAAUUGAAGUGUGUGAAUGAUUGGUGUAUGUGUGCAUGAAAGUGUUGUGUAAGAGAGUGUAGUUAUUGUAUGUGUUGUUAAUGUAGAUACAAAAAGAGAAAAGGAGAUACAAAGGAGCCCACCGGGAACGAUAUACCAGUCCCGUGGGUCUCGAAUGUAUCUUGAGCAACCCUAAGUGUAAUAAAAUCUAACUUUUAUUGAGUCUAAUUUAAAAAAUAAUAGUAAAAAAUAGUAGUGCACAAACGUCAAAUACACCAGCCUAGUGGCUGUGUGUGAAAUGCAAUUCUUAGUGCUGAACAAAUUGACUCCAGCACCAAAAUUAAAAUCAGAAAACCAAAAAUGGUUAAAUAACCAAAACAUGCAGAGGAGUACGAAGUCUCUGCCAGUUCAACACAUCAGAUAGGAACAUGACAAUAAUGGUAAUACAAGGAUAAAGUGAAAGGACCCAAAAAAAAACACAACAAGGUCCUUCCCUCUUCCAUGUCAAAACAAAUACAGAUUCACUGUGAAGUGAAGUUUAUUAAGGGUGCAUCAUAAGAAAAAUGGGGCAUAGUAAGAUUAAUACUCUAUACAAAUAGCUGGACACUUUAUGGGUACUGGGUGUAAGUUCAUCAGCAGCACCCGGAGGUUUGAAGGACAAACUCACGUAAAAGGACAUUCUAAAUGACAACCAAAUCAAUCUUCAGCUUACUCAUGUUAUACACGAGAACGACUUAGUGUUUCUUGACCUAACCAUUAGCAUCUCAGACGAUGGGCAAAUUUUUACCACACUAUUUAGAAAACCUACGGCAACAAACAGCUUGCUUCAUUGGCAAAGUUUUCACCCACACCAUGAGAAGGAAGCAAAAGAUUUAAGACAGCGUUUUAAAAGCCUCGGCUAUCCAAAUAGAAUUCUAAAAAAAAGCUUAUCAAAGAACCCAGACUGUAGAUAGAUCAGAGAGCUUGCACAGACCAUCUAAGGAUUCCCGAACCACCCCGGGAUCUACACGACUUAUAGGGACAUAUGACAAACACUGGAACCAGACCCUACAGGUACUAAAUCGGAAUUGGCCGCUAUUACAAUAUGAUACAUGUCUUCAUAAGACUAUUACCAAUAAACCAUUAUUGACAUAUCGCAGAGCAAAGAACUUAGCGGACUUGCUAACCCAAAGUCAUCUUAAACCCAUACAAACCACAUCCACUUGGCUUCAGACUAAGGGUCUUUACAAAUGUGGGCACUGCAAGGCAUGUAAUUAUAUUUUACCCUCCAAAACAGAAUGGAACAAAACAACAUCCAAAAACAUGAUGAUCAAUUCCUUUAUUAAUUGUGGAUCAACUAAUGUGAUUUAUCUUGUAACGUGUGAAUGUGGAUUACAGUAUAUAGGCAAAAACUACACCGACGUGUCUUACAACAUAUUAACUCUAUAUUGAAUCCACAUAUUGAUACACCAAUAGCUAGACACGUACGUGCUAAUAAUGCCUCUAGACCUAAUGCACUCAAGUUUCAGGUAAUCCAAAAGAUUUUUCAAAACCACAGAAAAGGGGACAUUAAUAUUUCCUUGUUAAAAGCGGAAUCCUGCUGGAUCUACUCGUUCCAAACCAUAUACCCGAAAGGACUUAAUGAAGAGUUUAAUUUUACUCCAUUCAUUCAUUCCUAGUUGGUAGCAGUCUCCAUGGUAACAUCUUCAACCUUGGGAAUAAAACGCCAUCCAGUCCAGCUCCCCCUCCGUACUAUACUGGCAUAUCUUUAUCUGGAGCUUCCAGCACACUUUAUGUAUAUUUGUUUCAAUAUUCUAAAGAUAGCAAUUUUCUUUGAGACUUGUUGCUAUCAUUACAGCAACUGGUAAUUGUUACAACCUUCUCUUUCUUUUGACACUUAGAAUUUAUCGGGAGUUUUUCCUUUUACGUGAGUUUGUCCUUCAGAAAACUGGGACCUCCGGGUGCUGCUGAUGAACUUACACCCAGUACCCAUAAAGUGUCCAGCUAUUUGUAUAGAGUAUUAAUCUUACUAUGCCCCAUUUUUCUUAUGAUGCACCCUUAAUAAACUUCACUUCACAGUGAAUCUGUAUUUGUUUUGACAUGGAAGAGGGAAGGACCUCGUUGUGUUUUUUUUUGGGGGGGGGGGUCCUUUCACUUUAUCCUUGUAUUACCAUUAUUGUCAUGUUCCUAUCUGAUGUGUUGAACUGGCAGAGACUUCGUACUCCUCUGCAUGUUUUGGUUAUUUAACCAUUUUUGGUUUUCUGAUUUUAAUUUUGGUGCUGGAGUCAAUUUGUUCAGCACUAAGAAUUGCAUUUCACACACAGCCACUAGGCUGGUGUAUUUGACGUUUGUGCACUACUAUUUUUUACUAUUUUUUAAAUUAGACUCAAUAAAAGUUAGAUUUUAUUACACUUAGGGUUGCUCAAGAUACAUUCGAGAUUACCUAUUGCUUUUGAAUAAGAUUAUACAUUUUAUUAUGUUCCAUCUUUGUAGGGAUGGAACUGUAGCUUUAAGGCCACUGAUAAUAACAUGAUUCUGUAGCUCUAACUAUUUGUUUUUAUCUGCUACCAAAUAUUCUUCGCUUUUAUAAGUUAUCGGAAGAUUUACCCCAGAAGGCACUCUACUUAAUCUGGGAUGUACACUGCUUAAUCUUUUAUUCUCUGUCUUUUGCAUUUAUUUUGCAACUAUUUGUACUAUUGAGGUCGAAUACAGUUUACCAGCAACAUUAUGUUAUUAUUGUUAUUAUUUUUCCUAGUUGCCGAGCCCCUUUGGGCUGAACGGCAACGACACUAGGCUCCGCCCCAGUCUCUGAUUGGCGAGACUCUUACCCAAUCAUUGAAGAGGGCGGUAUAUUUAACCCCUUAAGGACAGAUGACGGAAAUAUUCCGUCAUGAUUCCCUUUUAUUCCAGAAGUUGUGUCCUUAAGGGGUUAAAUGACCGCCAACUUCACGAUCGGUUCCCCUGGAAGAGCCUGUAAGGCGAAACGCGCGUUGGGACUAAUCGAUACACGGGGGUGGUGGGGCUUGAUAUGGAUGAUGCAGUAGUCUUCAGUGACGAUUUAGCACCCCAUUAGCCACCCUUGAUUUUUGAUUUUUUUGGAUUUUUUUUCUUUUUCCAGUGAAUAGACUAUAUUACUUAUUAGUCUUUUAGAGGAUUAUUUCGGCUGGUGUGGGUGGGUGGGGGGGCGGGGGGGAGUGGACUAUGGAGGAAUGAGGGGAGUCUAGCUUUUAGUUAACACUGGAGUAUAUCAGCGGAUAGGUUACUCUGGACCUGUUUAGGUUGAUUUAUUCAGGUUAUUUUAUUCUAUCCAUAUAGAUACAUCACUUGAAGCUGUGUGUAGACUUUAUUUGCCCUCUUCCUAUUAGUUCUACUAUAACUCAUAACCCCCCCUUUCCCCCCACCCGCUUUCACACACAGCCACUAGGCUGGUGUAUUUGACGUUUGUGCACUACUAUUUUUUACUAUUAUUUUUUAAAUUAGACUCAAUAAAAGUUAGAUUUUAUUACACUUAGGGUUGCUCAAGAUACAUUCAAGACCCACGGGACUGGUAUAUCGUUCCCGGUGGGGUCCUUUGUAUCUCCUUUUCUCUUUUUGUAUCUAUUAUGUAUUAUGGGUUACCCCCCAUGUUCUAAUAGCAACCUGACACUCUCUCCCUAUCUCUCCUUCCUUUUCUAUUGUGUUGUUAAUGUAUGUUUCUCCACCUGCUUAUUCUCUCUGUACCCAUUCUCCCUUACCUCCGCACCCCCUACACUCUACUGCACUCUGUUUACACUACGCUCUUGCUCUCAUUCACCCUACACCCCUCCUCCCUAUAACUCUGCACCCUUCCUCCCUUCAGUUUGCUCUGCCUCUCCCACUCAUUCUGCAGCGUCUCUCCCAUUCACCCUGCACAGCCUCUGCCAUUCACCCUGCACAGCCUCUCCCAUUCACCCUGCACCGCCUCUCUCCCAUUCACCCUGCACCGCCUCUCUCCCAUUCACUCUGCACCGCCUCUCUCCCAUUCACUCUGCACCGCCUCUCUCCCAUUCACUCUGCACCGCCUCUCUCCCAUUCACCCUGCACCGCCUCUCUCCCAUUCACUCUGCACCGCCUCUCUCACAUUCACUUUUUGCCAUCUCUCGCAGUCACCCUGCGCCGUCUCACCCUGCGCCGCGCAGUCACCCUGCGCCGUCUCUCGCAGUCACCCUGCGCCGUCUCUCGCAGUCACCCUGCGCCGUCUCUCGCAGUCACCCUGCGCCGUCUCUCGCAGUCACCCUGCGCCGUCUCUCCCGCAGUCACCCUGCGCCGUCUCUCCCGCAGUCACCCUGCGCCGUCUCUCCCGCAGUCACCCUGCGCCGUCUCUCCCGCAGUCACCCUGCGCCGUCUCUCCCGCAGUCACCCUGCGCCGUGUCUCCCGCAGUCACCCUGCGCCGUGUCUCCCGCAGUCACCCUGCGCCGUGUCUCCCGCAGUCACCCUGCGCCGUGUCUCCCGCAGUCACCCUGCGCCGUGUCUCCCGCAGUCACCCUGCGCCGUGUCUCUCGCAGUCACCCUGCGCCGUGUCUCUCGCAGUCACCCUGCGUCUCUCGCAGUCACCCUGCGCCGUCUCUCUCGCAGUCACCCUGCGCCGUCUCUCUCGCAGUCACCCUGCGCCGUCUCUCUCGCAGUCACCCUGCGCCGUCUCUCUCGCAGUCACCCUGCGCCGUCUCUCUCGCAGUCACCCUGCGCCGUCUCUCUCGCAGUCACCCUGCGCCGUCUCUCUCCCAUUCAUUCAUUCAUGCAGUAGAAGAUACUAAGGAUAGUAAGGAGAUCAGCAUUUGCAUUCGACCAUGCUAUUUUGAACAUUGUGUCAUUGAAUAGUUAUCUCUGGUGCUGGCCUCUACAAAGUAAAUGAUAAUGACCUUGACAACUCUUCAUGGCAGCCCACCAAGCAUAUGCCCAAUGCCAUUCUAGGCCUUCUACUCUUGAAAAUCCGUUUAGAAACUCCAAUAUUAUUGAAUAGAGGCUUCUUUUCAAACUGAAGAAUAGGUUCCAUUGAAUAAAUGGGCUGUUAAUCGACUUAUUCUAACCGUAAAUGGCAAAAGGAUACUGUCACAUGUCAGGUUUUGACACAACCUGAAAGCUAACUAAAAGUUAGCUAUGGUUGGCUACUAGUUUAAAAAAAAAAAUCAGAAUGGAUUUUAACUUAUACUUUAAAUGUAUGCCUGGCUGUCUUGAUACAGUCAGAUCGUACUAUGUAAGUUAAAUUAACCGUUUGGUGCUGUUUGUGCAAGUGAGGGCAAAUGUGUAAGCACAGUACUUGGGGUAAAUCAGAAGAGUAUGCAUGCACUCAUAAUGUGUUUUGUAGCUGAUGCCUAAAUAUACAUUAGAAUACUUAGAGCAUCAUAGGACGACGUCGUCAUUAUAGAUAUGGAGAUGCUUUGAGGUCAUUGAUUUAUACUUUAUUCAUUGCACUACUCACCCCAGUAGGUGCUUCAGUAGUGAUGACUGGCAUGAAAGAAAAAGGAACCUGCUCUACAAGUGAAACGAGUGUUUCAUUUUAAAUGCCUUUCUACUCCAUAUGAAACCCAGAUUUCUGUAAUAAACCUGUUAUGUCUGUCAAGGCUAACUAUUUUGACGUGUCUUCUUAUAUUCAGAUUUAGAUUGAUAAAUAUUUUGCUAAAACUACUGUUAACUGAAGGCUGUGAAGAUAUAUAUUGUCAUUCCCAGGAUGUGUGUGUGUGUAUAUAUAUAUAUAUAUAUAUAUAUAUAUAUAUUUAUAUAUUUUUUUUUAAUCAUUGUAUUCUAAACAAUCAAAAAUUGUGCUUCAAAAUGUCAUUAUAUACGGUUUCAUUUAUAAACAUAAUUGCGAUAUUUUUUUGUCCAUAAUGUACCUUAACGUGAAUAAUUUUUUGACAUGUCAAUUCAUAACCCGUAACACGUUGAUAUCUGUGGAAAAUAAUUAGGAAUCAUUCUGUUGAGAUUUUAAUAAAUGCAAACCACUUUCACUCUCUCCAACUUAUUUUACCAAUUUUACAAAUACCUUACAGAGUUGAGUGGGAGGUGUCACUUGAGGAGGCGUCAAGGAAGAAACUGGAAAUCUCUGUAAAAAACAGCAGGUCCUUCAUGUCGAGUAAAAAGGAGGUGAUUGGAAAGGUCAGUUUCCAUGUUUCUGUGCCAAACACAUUUCAUUUGUGACAGAUGUAAGGUUUCAGGUCAAGGAUGAACAAUAUUGUUGUUUUUAAUGUUUUUAUUGGGUUUUUCAAAUAUAUAUUCAUACAAUAUAAUAAUAAUAAACAUAUUGAUAAUACAUAAGACUAAGAUCUCAAAACAUUGGCCAUGGCUGAUGGGAAUCAUGGGAUGAGAGAUGUUUGUGAGGAAAGUGUACUGCCUGUUAUUGAUUGCAAACUGCUGCUCUGGCAACGCACAGGCCCAAUUUUAAAACCUAUAUUAUGGUACACAUUAUCUCUUACCGGUUAAUCCCCUUAACAGACCUAUGUAAGAGUAACUCUCUCAUAAUAAAUUUGUUUUCCUUUCUCUCAACAGGUUCAGAUUGACCUCUCCCAAAUGGAUCUCUCACAAGGCCUGAGUCAAUGGUAAGUACUUUCGAGACCUUUUCCUAAUAAACCAAGCCUGUCAAACACAGGGAGCUUUAGCUUGUGAAGCAAACGUGUCCAGCUGCAAGUUUCCAAAGUGGUAGGAAUGUGAAAAUUCCCCCGCUUCCCACUACGGAUGAGGACAACUAUUCCGGUGCCUGCAUUAUAUGCCGGCACUAUGCAAGAGGCAAGAGAUAGCGAGAGCUGAGAAAGAAAUAUUCAGUUCUCUGCUUCUUUUUCUACUAGAUUUUACCCUCCAUAAGAAAUGAGUUAGGCUCCUCUAAACUCGACAAUGAGAUGACCGAAAAGAAAUGUUGAUGUUUGAAGAGAAGCUUUGGGCCCAGAUAGUUUUUUUUUUUUUUGCGUAUCCACAGUUUCUUCCCUGUAAUGGUGAACAUUAAACUAGCCCUUACUGCUCACAUGAGACGUUUCACAUACUGAAGGAGAGGAAUACAUUUUGUUUUUAAGUUAUGCUCUAUCCCACCAGAUGGGGAGAGCCUGAUAAGUAGUAAUAGUAAGGCAUUUUCCAUGUGACUCUAUAACAAAAGGUCAAUAACCAGUACUUAACAAUCAUCUCAUUAUAUAAUGUACCCAAUAUGUAUCCCAACAAUAUACCACCAGCAAAAGGAAACCAUGCCUAAUUAAUUCUCGAAAGAGAACAAGUGAGUAUUGAUGGAUUCAAAAAACACUUAAAAUGCUAAGAGCCGCUUGUUCUCUUUUGGUAUUUAAUUAAGUAACUCGUUGCCUUCUCCAUAUGAUGCUUCAUUUCACAAAGAAAUGUAAUUCUCUGUAAUUGUUUUGUCACCACUCUAAGCUUAGCAAAUACCCUUCAUGCUUCACUAUACACACAGAGAUUGUUCACUCACCUGUGGCAUAGCCAUUUAUUCAUAAUGUAACUCUGUUUUUAACCAUACAGUAACAGUCUAUAUCACCAGACAUAUAGAAGCCACACAAUCACAAUAUUAUAUAUGGUAUCACUGCUCUUAAACACCAAUUUUUAAAACAGGUACAACCUGAAGGAGGAAUAAAUGUGUAUCCAAGCAUUUUGGAAAAAUGCAACAUUCUGUGCCCAAAGGAAUCUGUGCUAGAAACUCUUCCUGCAGGACUUCGCACCGUCUUUCUGUCCUAUCCAAUCUCCUGAACCGAGCUUUUCCAAGGACACUGUGAUGCAUCAUUCUGCAGGCUUUGCUAAUGGAAAUUGUGUAUAAAAGCAGAGUAAGGACAUUCCUAGCACCACCAGAAUUUCAUUGGCCUUAUUAUGGAAAAGUAUUAUACAUUCACCAGGGUUAAAGAACAUUCAUUUAAAGCCAAGCCAUGCCUCCCCUGUUACCGUCUCCUUCCAUAUUAAUACACAGGAAUCAGUUUCCUUUUUACGUGUGUGUGUGUAUAUCUACGUUCAUUCACUCUUGUGUGUACAAAACAAUCACUGAUAAGAUAAUGUUGAAGCAGAGCAGAAUAACUAACAUGAAGGAUUGUAUAUGUAAUCCUCUGCAUGCCAGGGGUGUUCUCACCCUUCAGGGUCCAUGUGGCUUAAUAUACAGCCAUGGUACACACCUAGUGCUCUGUCUAGUGCCAUGUAACAUGAUAAUGAUGUAUUUUGUUUACCUGGUUCUUGUUUUACCAGAAUACCUUCAUUAAUAUUCCAUCUAUUGGUUAUACACCUUUCUUCUGUUGCGGCUCAAAGUCCUUUUUGUGUGAGUAUUUCAGUAGUAGAGAAUAGUCAAAAACUGAAUCUUUAUAGCCGCUACACAGAGUAAUUUGCAUUAUGCAUUCCUAUGCAAAAUACGGGGUUUAUUUAUAAUAAUGUUCUUGACUGUUUCAGCACUGGACUGCUAACAGUUCUAAGGAUAAUCAAAAGUGUGUCAUAUAUAGAGGGUGCCUUGAUUUCUUACUGUAUAUUAUUCAGAUCUGAACAAACAAUGCAGUGAUCAUUUACAAUUUUUUUUUAAGCAUAUGUUUUCAAAUUUUAUUACAUGCCAAAUGGUGUCCAAUUACGUCCAAUGUUUCUGAAUAGGGAGUUAAAAAAAAAUUCAUAUAUUAUUUCAGUAUUGCCAGUGUUAACGUGCUGCUAAGAGACUUUUUACUGUUCUGCUUUCGCAGCCAUAUUUGAACAUUUCAGAAGCGCAAGGAGUGCAGUUUGCCCUCCUAUGUAUGCCAAUUUGUGCUCCGAUUAUGUGCUCAUGGUAACCUCCCUUCCUAGGCUGUGCAGAGUAAAUUAAUGUGGCCUUUUUAACCAGUUUAGUGCCAGGAGCACAAGAAUUGUGUCCCGUGAACUAAUGUGAUAUUGCGUACUGCAUGACUGUUCUAGUUGUAGCCAUAUGAAUGUGAGAAAAGUCUUUAUGCAUAGGUAGGCCACAACACCCUGGCAUUCAGACAGUUAAUGACUACUGCCCUGAUGAAAAGUUAACUUUUUAUCAGUGCUUACCAAUCUUUGGCUUUUUUUCAUGCCUGUUAUCAUGCAGCAAAUCGCUUAAUUCUUCUCGCAAUAUGUAAUAUAGGAGUGUAUUCAAUAAGAUUCCAUUAACAGGAAUUGGCAAUCACGGUAGCUAAAAUAGGUCAAAUAUUUCACCAGUGACUGUUUUUCUGAUUUAAAUAUACAAUAUAUAUGUAUUAGAUGUAAGUGUUCAUUGUUCUCAUCACAGUGCAUCACAAAAAAGUUAAAUCAAAUGGGGGAGCAAUUGCCAAUACUUUGGAACUGUGAACACCUCUACUACAAAGUCUGUCUCUUUCUAUCCAAAAAUUUUCAGAGCUUUAACAGACCAAAAUAAGCCCAUUUUUAAACCAGUUUUUUUUUUUUUUUUUUAAGUUUUGUAUUUUUAUAUUGUAUUUCUGUUUGCUUUUAGAAUUUUUUUUUUAACGCAAUUGAAAUCAUCAUGUUGAAAUGUAUACCUGUGUUACACAGGGAGUACUGCAACAUAGCAUUUCCUCUGCUCACAAAACCUGAAAUAUCGCUGGCAAAGGGCAGCUAAUGCUUAAUAAAUGUACCACUACUUCAUGGUAUCCAUUAAAUGUCUGUCUCGCUGAUUCUUAUUGUAAGUGUCUCUCUGUGUAGUCUGAUUUAUUUAUUCUGGCUGGGGGAGACCUAGUCAAUAAUGCUCAAUAGGG